AAUUUGUGCUGAAAUUGCCAGUCACAAAGUUUGUGAAGAAGUGCGAGCCACUCCGUCUUGAAUGCAAAGUUACGGGUGCGCCCUCUCUGCGAAUGCAAUGGUUCAAAAAUGACACUAAGAUCACAGAAGGUGACAACUAUAGAACCUCAUUUGUUGACUCAAUGGCAGUACUUGAGCUGCACACCACAAGAUUUGAAGACAAUGGAGUCUACACUUGUGAAGCAACCAACGAAGCUGGAAGCAUAAGCUGCAGCACAACCCUUACAGUCAAAGACCCACCAUCUUUCCUCAAAGUACCUCAGCCAAUUGAAGGAAUGAAAGGAAAGGAUGCUAGCCUACACUGUGAGAUAAUUGGCACUGCACCCUUUGAGAUUACCUGGUCCAAAGAUAAAACACCACUAAAAGAAAGUAGGAAAUAUAAGAUGGUGAAUGAGGGUACCUCUGCCACUCUUCAUAUAAUUGGAUUGGAAGCCUCAGAUGUUGGAGAGUAUGAGUGCAAGGCAACAAACAGUGUAGGAUAUGAAACAUGCCGUGCUACAAUUCAACUCAGAGAACCACCAACGUUUGUGAAGAAAUUGUCGAAUAUGACAUGUAUAUUGGGUGAAGAAGUCACCCUGACGGCCAAUGUCAAAGGCUCUCAGCCAAUGACCGCGUCUUGGGUACAGGAUAAGGAUCACAUUCUCAGAGAUGGUGACAACCGGAAAAUUACCUUUGACAACAACCAGGUCACUCUUAAAGUCUUUAAAGCAGAUUUACUGGCAAUGGGCAAAUACACCUGCCAACUCAGAAAUGAUGCUGGAGUUGUGGAAUGUUUUGCUAACUUGACUGUAUUAGAACCAGCUAAAGUUGUAGAGAGACCAGAGUCUUUCAGUGUGACUGCAGGUGAUAUUGCAGCUCUAGAAGUCAAAGUGUCGGGGACACCAGAGCUGAAACCAAAAUGGUUUAAGGAUGGAGUCGAACUCUCCUCUGGACAGAAGUACAAAAUCUCAUUCUCAAAGAUGAUCUCCAGCUUAAAAGUUUUGUCUGCAGAAAAAGUUGACACAGGAGAAUAUACAUUUGAGGUCAAAAAUGAGGUUGGCAGUGAUCUCACCAAAUUAAACCUCACUGUACUAGAUAAAACUAUACCUCCAACAUUUACAAGGAAAUUGAAGGAUUAUCAACCUAUUGUUGGAAAAGCUGGUGAAAUGGACUGCAAAGUCUCUGGUUCCGCACCUUUCACCAUUACCUGGUACCAUGAUGGAGAGGAGAUCAAAACUGGACCAAACUAUGAGAUUACAUUCAGUGACAACACCUGCAUGCUCAAAGUGCCCACUCUUAAGUUGUCAGACUCUGGAGUGUAUAAAUGCAAAGCUGUAAACAAGGCAGGAACCAAUGAGACCAGUGCCUCUUUCAUUGUGAAAGAACCUCCUUCUUUCGUGAUGCCACCUCAGCCAUUGGAAGCAAUGCCUGGCACAAAUGUUUUGUUCUCAGCAAUUGUCAAAGGAAGUGCCCCACUGAAACUGAAGUGGUUCAGAGGCACCAAGGAAAUUUUGUCUGGAAAAGGCUAUGAAAUUGCUCUCCGGGACAGUACAGCUACAAUGGAGCUAUUCAAAAUUGACAAAUCCCAUGCUGGAGAGUAUACAUGCCAGAUUAUUAAUGAUGCUGGGAAGGAAAGUUGCCCAGUUAACCUGUCUGUGAAAGAACCUGCGUGCUUUGUUAAGAAGCUGAAGGACCAUUCUGUUGAAAAGGGUAAAUCAUUGGUACUUGAGUGCACAUACUCUGGAACCCCAAAGAUAUUUGUCGCCUGGUAUAAGGACGGAAAACAGCUUUAUUCUUCUUAUAAGCACAAUGUCACUACCACUGAGACCUCCUGCAUCCUGGAGUGUUUAAACACUGAUGAUAAGGAAGCAAGUGGGGAAUACGCUUGUGAAGUUUCCAAUGAUGCUGGAAAGGAUAACUGCAAAGCACAAGUGUCCAUCUUAGAACCACCUUAUUUCAUUGAGAAUUUGGAGCCAAUGGAAGUGACUGCUGGCGAUGCAGUUUGUUUGAAAUGCCAUGUGGGCGGAACCCCUGAAAUAAAGGUGGCUUGGUUUAAGGCUGACGGAAAAGUGAGGUCCAGCCCCACUUGCAAAAUAGAAUAUUCCAAAGGAAUUGCUUGCUUGAAACUGAGCAAAGCAACCAAGGCUGAUAUUGGUGAAUACACAUGCAAAGCAGAAAACAACAUAGGAACAGCCUCAUCCACUUGCCGCCUCUCUGUCCAAGAGGCAAAAACGCCACCUACCUUCCCCAAGAAAAUAACCAGUCUUCAACAGACAGAAGGAAUGGAAGUCAAAUUUGAGUGCCGCGUGGCAGGCUCCUCGCCCAUUGAGGUCUCUUGGUUUAAAGACGGUGAAACUCUGAAAUCCACCGACUAUACCAUGAGUUAUGAUGAUAACACUGCUGCCCUAAAAAUAACCAGAGGUGAAAUGAGACACUCUGGGGAAUACACUUGUGUUGCUACCAACAGCGUUGGGACUGCAUCCUGCAGAGCCAAACUCACUCUUCAAGAGCCAAGAUAUCCCCCUGUCUUUGAUAAAAAGCUGGCACCCAUGGUGGACAUUUCAGUGGGUGAUAGUGUGGAAUUGGAAUGCCACAUGACUGGAUCUUUGCCAAUAAAAGUCACUUGGUCAAAGGAUCACAAAGAUAUUCGAUCAGGAGGAAAUUACAAGAUGUCCUGCGUGGAUAACAACCCACACCUCACUAUAUUGAAAGCAGCUAAAUCAGACUCUGGCCGCUACUUUUGCCAUGCCACUAAUGACAUUGGAAAGGACUCUUGUUCCACUGAAAUUACUGUCAAAGAGCGCAAAAUUCCACCUACCUUCACCAAAAAGCCCACAGAGACCCUUGAGGAUACAGAGGGCAAGAUGGUGAAAAUUGAGGCACGUUUGUCUGGUUCUCAGCCCAUGACCAUCAAUUGGUACAAAGAUGACAUUGAAAAGCACAGCUCUGAUCACUAUGACAUGUCCUUCAAGAGCAAUGUGGCUGUGUUGUGUAUCAAGAGCUCCGAAGUCUCAGACUGUGGCAGGUAUACCUGCAAAGCCACUAAUGAAGCUGGCACUGCCUCUUGCGAAGUGACAGUUACCAUAACUGAACACAAGAAGCCCCCUACAUUUGACCCCACUCUCAAACCUGCCACGCUGACCGAGGGAGAGAACCUGCAUCUUAGCUGUCAUGUCCAUGGAUCCCCUCCUAUGAAGAUUCAGUGGAUGAAGGACAGAAAAGACUUGAAAAACACUUCCAGCACUAAAAUCAUUUUUGCCGAUGACGUUGCCUCUUUGGAGGUCAUGCGCGUAUCAAAGAAUGAUGCAGGGGACUACCUCUGCAAGGCUACCAAUGAAGCUGGUAGUGAAUUCUGCAAGGCCAAAGUGACAAUCAAAGAGAAAUCCAAAGCAGCACCUAAACCCGCUGAAGAGGAAUCAACAGCAGCACCAGUAAAGAAACUGGACAACUUGUUCUUCGUCGAGGAGCCCAAGCCUUGCCAUGUAGCCGAGAAGGGCACUGCAACGUUCAUCGCUAAGGUUGGAGGUGAUCCCAUUCCUAACGUGAAAUGGAUGAAGGGCAAGUGGAGGCAGAUCACUCAUGGUGGUCGCAUCACUAUUGAGCAGAAAGGCCCAGAUGCCAAGUUAGAGAUCAGAGAAAUAACAAAGUCUGACUCCGGACAGUACAGAUGUGUUGCAACUAACAAAGCUGGAGAAAUAGAAUGCAACACCGACAUGCAUGUUGAGGAAAGGAAAGAGGUUGUCGGAGUUGAGGGAGACUUCAGAGCAAAACUGAAGAAGACUCCAUCUAAGCAGAAGAGUCCCCAGGAAGAGAAAGACAUUGACAUUGUAGAGUUGCUCAGAAAUGUGGACCCUAAGGAGUAUGAGAAAUAUGCCCGCAUGUAUGGAAUUACUGACUACCGUGGACUUCUUCAGGCCAUUGAGCAGCUGAAGAGGGAGAAAGCAGAAGAAAGUGGAAGACCGGAACUGGAGAGAGAGAGAGAAUCGGACGAGGAUUUGGCUGCUCUUGUGGCUGAUUUGCAAAAGAGAAUGGAACGUACUGAGCCUGUCACUGUGAAUAAGGACAUAACAGAUCAAUCUACAGUCACCAACAAGGUUGCCACCUUUGAGUGUGACAUCAAGAUCAACUUUCCAGAGAUCACCCUGUCCUGGUACAAGGGAACUCAGAAGCUUGACAACAAUGAAAAAUACGAAAUCAACAUUGUUGGUGACAGUCACAUUCUGAAGAUCAAGCAGUGUCAAAUCAAAGACCAGGGCAACUACCGUGUUGUAUGUGGCCCACAUAUCUCCAGUGCCAAACUGACUGUUAUCGAGCCUGAGGUUGAGAAACAUCUGGAGGAAGUUGUGUGUAAGGAGGGGCAAACAUGUACACUGUCUUGCCAGUUUUCUAUCCCUAAUGUCAAAACACAGUGGUUUAAGAAUGGAAAGCUUUUAGAAAUGAAGGGCAGAUACUCACAUGAGGUGGUCAACAAGAUUCAGAGGCUGUCGAUUAAAGACCUCCAACCAGAAGACCACGGACGCUAUGCCUGCAGAUAUGACAACCUUGAAUCAACUGCAGAUCUAUGGGUUGAAGAAAUUGAAUUAGCAGGGGUACCCCAUGAUGUCCCUGAUUCAUCAAUACGAAUCCCUGAUAUGCCAUCUUCAGUUACUCUAAAAGAAUCUUCUGAAUACUAUUAUGAAGAAGAGAUGGAAGUGAGAGAGUUGGAAAUGAGAGAGUAUGAAAGCUGGACAGAAGAGACAGUAGUGCAGAAAAUCUCUACAACCACAGCCCCGAGAAUACCUGUUGAGGAGGAGUCCGUCCAGAGUAAGAAGGUUGGAAUGAGGGAGGAAAUGCCACAAAAAGUUUCUGAAGUGCACAAGAAACCCGAGGAGAAGGCUAAACCAGCUGAGGCAGCAGUACCACAUAAAGUACCUGAAGCCAAAAAGCCAGUGGAGGAGAAGAUAACUGCAGAGGUUGUCCCAGAGAAACUUCCCUCUCCAAAAGAAGAACAUGAAGAAGCAAAGGCACCUUUUCAUAAGCCAGCUGAGAAACCUGAACAGGUUCCAUUAAAGAAAGAUGUCCCUCAAGCUGCACCCCAUGUUGCGGAGCCAAAAGCUGAGCCAAAACCAGAGCCUAAAGUUUCACCUGUGGCUAAGGUUGAACCUGAACCGAAGGGUGCACCUGUAAAGAAACCAGAGAGUCCACCAUCCAAAGUUCCUGAGAAAGCUAAGAAACCAGAGGCUUCAAAACCAGAACCAGGAACGCCAGCAGCAGUUAAAAAGCCAGAGACUGCACCUACUCCUUCUCAUAAGGAGCCAGCGCCUACUCCUGCUGCAAAGAAGGUCCCAUCACCACAAGUGCCAGAAGCACAAAAAAGACAGGAGGUAACUCCACAGAGACCAGCUACCAUCCCUCAAAAAGUGGCCAGAGAGGACAUAGAGCCUCAUGUGCAACCUGUGCCAGAACAAGUUCCUGUGGAAGAAAGAAAACCAGAACCUCUUAAGGUUGCCAGAAAGCCUGAAUCAGUUAUUGUGACGCCAAAGCAAGAUACACCGCAAAAAGUAAUGGAGCCCAAACAAAAGCCUGUACCUGUUGAGAGGGUACCUGAGAUAAAACCUACUGAAAAGGUAACUGUUGAGAGGGUUCCUGAGAAGAAACCUACUGAAAAAUUACCUAUUACUAAACCUAAAAAGGAGAUGGAAGAAGAAAAGAAAGUUCCAACUUCAGAAAUAGAAGUUAUGCCACAAAGAAAAGGAACUCCGCCAGACACAGUACCAGCAGAGAAGAAGGAAUCACCUCCACACCCUGUUGAACCACUUACAAAGAAAGCGUCUCAGCUAGAGAAAACUGUUGUUGCUGAAGGGGUGAAAGAAUCUGAGCCAUUUGGAAAGAAUUUGGCUAAACCAGAGUCUAAGCCAGAACCUAAGACAGUAGCUAAGACAGAGCCUAAACCAGAGCCUAAGCCUAAACCAGAAGUUAAGCUAGAGGCUAAACCAGAGAAGAAGGAUGUUACUGAAGUAGAGGUGAAAGAAUCACCUCCACAGCCUGCUGUGGUGUUGAAGACAGAGCCUAAGCCUAAACUAGAGGUCAAGCCAGAGCCUAAGGCUGAGCCAGAGGCUAAAGUUGACACCAAGCCUAAAUCAGAGCCUAAACUAGAGGCUAAGCCGGAGCCUAAACCAGAGCCUAAACCAGAGUCUAAUUCAGAGGUUAAGCUAGAGGCUAAACCAUCAAAGAAGGCUGAUACUGAAGUAGGGGUGAAAGAAUCACCUCCACAGCCCGCUUUGGUGUUGAAGACAGAGCCUAAGCCUAAACUAGAGGCCAAGCCAGAGCCUAAGGUUAAGCCAGAGCCUAAGCAAGAGGCUGAGCCAGAGGCUAAAGUAGACACUAAGCAUAAAUCAGAGCCUAAACUAGAGGCUAAAAUAGAGUCUAAGCCAGAGCCUAAACCAAAGGUUAUGCCAGAGCCUAAGCCUAAACCAGAAGCUAAGCCUAAACCAGAGCCUAAGUCUAAACCAGAGGCUAAGCUUGAACCUAAACCAGAGGCUGAGCCAGAGGCUAAAAUAGAGACUACACCUAAAUCAGAGCCUAAGCUAGAGGAUAAAAUAGAGGCUACGCCAAAGCCUAAACUAGAUGUUAAGCCUAAGCCAGAGGCUAAACCAGAGCCUAAAUCUAAACCAGAGUCUAAGCUUGAACCUAAACCAGAAGUUAUGCCAGAGCCUAAGCCUAAACCAGAAGCUAAGCCUAAACCAGAGCCUAAGUCUAAACCAGAGUCUAAGCUUGAACCUAAACCAGAGGCUGAGCCAGAGGCUAAAAUAGAGCCUACGCCUAAAUCAGAGCCUAAAUUAGAGGCUAAAAUAGAGGCUAAAUCAAAGCCUAUACCAGAUGUUAAGCUUAAGCCUAAGCCAGAGGCUAAACCAGAGCCUAAAUCAAAACCAGAGUUUAAUCUUGAACAUAAACUUGAGGCUAAACCAGAGAAGACUGUUCUUACUGUAGGGGUGAAAGACUCACCUCCACAGCCCCCUGAGCCACUAAUAAAGAAAGUGACUACACCAGAGAAGACUGUAGUUGCUGAGGAGCUGGAAGAAUCACCUCCAAAGACACUUGUAAGGAAAGUGGCCAAACCAGAGUCAAGGCCAGAGAAGAAGGCUAUUACUGAAGAUGUGUUUCUUUCAAGUGAAGAAGAGGCUGCAACUCGAAAAGUACCAGCAACGGAGAAGGAAUCACCCCUACAACCUGUUCGACCACUUACAAAGAAAGUGCCUAAACCAGAGAAAACAGUUGUUGCUGAGGAGGUGAAAGAAUCACCCCCAAAACUGGCUGAGCCACUUGUAAAGCGAGUGUCUUUAGCAGAGUCUAAGCCAGAGAAAACUAUUGCUGAAGAGGUGAAAGAAUCACCUCUUAAGCCGACUGAGCCACUGGCUAAGAAAGUAUCUAAACCAGAGUCUCAGCCAGAGACUAAGCCAGAGAAGGCGGCAAAGAAAACAGCUAUUGCUGAGGAGGUGAAGGAAUCACCUCCAAAGCCCACUGAGCCACUUCCUAAAAAAGUGCCUAAGCCAGAGACUAUGGUUAUUGCUGAGGUAGAAUCUCCACCAAAGACUACUGAGCCACUUGCAAAGAAGGUGGCUAAGCCAGAGACUAAGCCAGAGACUAAGCCAGAGACUGAGCCAGAGACUGAGCCAGAGAUUGAGCCAGAGACUAAGCCAGAGACUAAGCCAGAGACUAAGCCAGAGACUAAGCCAGAGACUAAGCCAGAGACUAAGCCAGAGAAGACAGCUAAUGCUGAAGAAGAUGUUAUUCCCAAAAAAGUUCAGGCAAGGGAAUCACCUCCAAAGCCUGCUGAGCCUCUUGCAAAGAAAGUGCCUGCACCAGAGAAAACAGCUAUUUCUGAACAGGUGGAAUCACCUCGAAAGCCUGCUGAGCCACUUCUUAAGAAAGUGUCUUUGCUAGAGUCUAAGCCUGAGCCUAAGUCUGAACCUAAGCCAGAGAAGAAGGCUGUUGCUGAGCCUCCAAAGCCAGUGGAGCCACUUGUAAAGAAAGUCUCUAAGCCAGAGAAGAAAGCUGUUGCUGAAGUGGUGUCAAGUGAAGAUGUUGCUGCCCAAAAAGUACCAAUAAAGGAGAGCCAAACAUUUCCAAAGCCCACAGAGCCACUUGCAAAGAAAGUCAGUCCUCUUGAAGCUCCUCAAGAUAAGAAAAAGACUACACAGGACACAAAGCCUGCCUUCCAAGUGCAAGAACAAGAUGAUACGGAGACAGGUGAAGGCAAGCAGGCACCUGGACCUGCUAAGAAAGUUCUCCGACAAAAAGCAAAAAUUCAUGUUGAGAAAGAAGAAACACUUGUACUGCCAACCUUGAAGAAAACAACCAGGAUAUCCAAAGAUGUGGAGCAAGAACAGGAGAUCAUAUCACUGAAGAAAGUGCCUUCAGUCCCCUUCGAAGAUCAGCCAGCGCCACCAAAGAAACCUCCUCCGAAAAUUACGAAGCAUACAAUCCAUGACUUUGAAGAGAGAGUGUAUGAAGAAGUUGAAGUAACAACAUAUGAAAGGUAUGAGGCAGAGCAAAUCGACAAGACAGAUAAAAUCAGCCAGAUACCUGAUGGAGCUCAAAUAAAGACACCUAAAGAGGUUGAAACAAAAGACUCAACUGAGGACAAAUGGUCUCGGAAGACCAUCCCCAGAGAUGAAAAAGAAGAGGACAAAAUUACUUUAAAGAAAGCUCCCAAGGGUGUGAAAGAAGAGGAACCAACAGACCCCAGUUUAGCCCUAAAGAAAGUGUCCAGAUUGCCAUCAGAUGAAAAAGGAGAAGAAACUGUGAAGUUAAAACCGUUCCAAAAAUCUCCUAAAGCAGGAACCGUUGAGCCAGAGAAGGACAAGUACAAAGAUAAGGAAUCUGGGGCUUUCAAAAGAGGUGAGAGACCAUCAAGAGAUGAAGACAUCAAAGAACCUGCUGAUCGUAAGAAAGCUGAUAGAGUUCUUAGUGCUAAAGAAGAGUCACAGGCAGUCAAAUUAAAACCAGUGCCCAAAGUUCCUGAAGAUGAACAAGUCCAGGAUUCGGACAAACCACUGACAAAAGUGAAAAGGAUUACAACACAGGAGCAAGAGAAGGAAGAUGUUAAAUUGAAGCCAUUUUCAAAGUCACCUAAAGCUGACACUGAAGCUGUGAAGCCUGAGAAGGAGCCUGAUAAGAAGAAAGAGGCUCAAAAAACCCUUCAACAAAAGCCAAGUCCUCCAAAGACAGCACCCAUAAAGAAAAUGGAAAAGAGUCCUAAAGAGGAAGAGCCAGUACAGUUAAAAAAGGUUGAGCAGGUGCCAAGAGAACAAGAGGACAAAGAAAAAGAUAAACCCUCAAAGCAUGAAGAGACACUUAAGAAAAUGGUAGAACUGAAAAAGACUCCUUCACCUAAGGUUGAAAGACCAAAGCCAAAAGAAAUAGAAAAAAUUACUAUGGAGAGGAAGCCCAGUGCGGAAAGGACCAAAAAGCUACCCAAAGAAGUUUCACCAAAAGAUUCAUUUGAAGGUGUUACCCUCAAAAAAGUUUCAAAGAAAUCACCACAAGAGGAAACUGAUGGAGCACCACUGAAGAAGGUGCCGGCAAUGAAAGAGCUUUCCCCUAAAGCUGUACAGUUACGAAAGAUCUCGACUCAGCUGGAGGAGGAAGUAUUUGAGGAGGAGCCAGAUGUUGAGGAGGAAUCUGACAGUGAAGGUUGGGGAUGGGAACUUGCCCCUCGUGAUAGUCCUGGAUCCACAGAAGAUUUGGGAGAGGAAGGUGAUGCACUUGGAAUGCCAAGACGAGAUGGAAAGCCAGCAGAAGAAGCAGGCACAGGCAGAGGUAGAGGUAGAGGCCUCAAAGCAGGCAAAACCCCAUCCCCUGGUGAAGGCAGGGGUAGAGGACUGAAACCCGGUGGUGGAGGAGACAAACCACCCGAUGCUAAUCCGUUCGGAUUCCAGCUUAAGGCAGUUCCACUGAAGUUCACGAAACCGCUCAAAGACAUAGUGUUACAAGAAGGGGACGCUGUUGGUGCUUCUGCUACGUUUGAGUGUGAGGUUUCACCUUCUACUGCAGUAACUACAUGGAUGAAAGAUGACAGCAACCUAAGAGAGAGUCCAAAACACAAAUUCACCUCUGAUGGCAAAGAUCGCAGACUAGCCAUUAUUGACGUACAACUUUCUGACACUGGAGAAUAUACCUGUGUAGCCAAGCUGGGCAAUAAGGAAAAGACAACAACCGCUAAACUCAUUGUUGAAGAACUGCCCGUGAAGUGGGUGAAGGAGCUGGAUGAGGAGACGUCAGUCCUGAAGGGGCAGCCUAUGUACCUGACCUGUGAGUUGAACAAGGAGAGAGAAGUGACCUGGAUGAAGAGUGGUAAGAUCCUCAAAGUAAUCCCUGGAAAGGUGGCCAUCAACGUCAUUGGAAUGCAACACGCCGUUACGAUCCAGAACACGGGCAAUGACGACGCUGGAAUCUACGCAUGCGAGUGUGAACUCAUCAGGACCAAAACAACUGUCAAAAUCAUUGAAAUUAUCAGAGACUGGUUGGUGAAACCAUUGAGAGAUCAGCAUGUGAAACCCAAGGCCACUGCCACUUUCAAGUGUGAGCUCUUCAAAGAAACCCCCAACUGGAAGUUUUUCAAAGGCAACGAUGAGAUUACUAAUGAUCCUACUGACAAGACUGAGGUCAAGAAAGAAGGAAAAGUCCUGACUCUCACAAUAAAGAAUGCACAGCCCGACGAUAUUGGAGAAUAUGCCAUGGAAGUUGAAGGCCACAGAUACACAGCUAAACUGACUCUUGGAGAACGUGAAGCUCAGAUCUUGAAGCCUCUCUCCAGUUGUGAGGUGGUCGAGAAAGAAGAUGUUACAUUUGAAACGGAGAUAUCUGAAGAGGAUGUGCCUGGAGAAUGGAAACAUAGAGGGCAGGUCUUAACAAGAUCACCGACAUGUGAGAUCAAAAUGGAGGGCAAGAAACGUUUCCUCACUCUGAAAAAUGUUCCACUGGACGCGUCUGGUGAAGUGUCUUAUACAGCUCUGAAUGCUGUCACUAGUGCUGUGCUCACAGUCAAGGAACUGGAAAUGGACUUCACAGUCCCCUUGAAGGACGUGUCUGUACCUGAAAAGAAACAGGCUAUGUUUGAGUGUACUAUCACAAAGGAUGUGCCUAAAGUCAUGUGGUUUAAGGGUUCUGACACCAUUGGUACAUCAGACAAAAAAUAUGAAAUAAUCGAUGAUGGAAAAAAACACAUGUUGGUCAUAAACAAUUGUGAGUUUGAUGAUGAGGGAAUUUACAGUAUUGAAGCCUCGGGCAAAAAGUCAACCGCUACACUCACUGUGGAGGGUAUCAGGCUCAAAUUUGAAUUGCCACUUCAGGACCAAACUGAGAAGGAAGGUAACACUGCUCGGUUUGAGCUUGAGCUCUCUCAUGAGAAUGUACCUGUGACAUGGUACAAAAAUGAAACCAAACUCCAUGUGAGCCGAACCGUGCUCAUCUAUAGUCGUGGAAAGAAACAUACACUAGAAAUCAAGGAGUUGACUCUAGAUGAUAUAUGCCAGAUUAAAGCAGAGGCUAAAGGAAUCCCCUCAACGGCAAACCUGACUGUGAUAGAGGGUGAUGCAUACUUCGUAGUGAAGUUGCAGGAUUAUACUGCAGUCGAGAAAGACGAGGUAACUCUGGACUGUGAACUCAGCAAAGAUGUCCCUGUCAUGUGGUACCAUAAUGAGACUGAAAUUAAGGCCUCUAAGAUGGUAACCAUAAGUGCUGAAGCGAAUCGAAGAGUGUUGUCCAUUAAGAAAGUGGAUGACAGAGAUAAGGGACAAUACAUAUGUGAUUGUGGAACGGACAAAACCAUGGCAAAUAUUAACAUUGAGGCUCGAGAUAUAAAGAUAACUCGCCCAAUGUAUGGCGUUGAGGUCUUUGAUGGUGAGACCGCUCGUUUUGAGGUAGAAAUCUCUGAAGACGAUGUCCAUGGCCAGUGGAAACUGAACGGAGAAGUCCUUACUCAAUCCCCUGACAUUGAAAUCAUAGAGGACGGUGCAAAGCACACGUUGAUAUUGUACAACCUCAAGGCCCCCUUGUCAGGGGAGAUUGGAUUUACAGCUGCCAAUGCUAAAUGUGUUGCUAAUCUGAAAGUGAAAGAGAGUCCUAUUACAUUUGUUACACCUUUGAGUGAUGUGCAAGUGUAUGAAAAAGAUGAGGCCAGAUUUGAGUGUGAGGUGUCAAGAGAACCUAAGAGCUUCCAUUGGUUCAAGGGAUCUCAUGAACUGACAGCUGAUGAUAAGUUUGAAAUUACCCAUGAGGGAAAAAGACACACUCUGGUGGUCAAAUCUGCCGCAUAUGAGGAUGAAGCUAAGUACAUAUUUGAGGCAGAGGACAAGAGAACCACUGGCAAACUAGUUAUCCAAGGAAUUCGCCUUGAGUUUGUCAAGCCCAUAAAGGAUGUCACUGUCAAGGAGCGUGAUACGGCAGAGUUCAGUAUUGAACUCUCACAUGACAACAUCCAGGUCACCUGGUACAAGAACGGUGUGCGUUUGCAUCCCAGCAAAGUUGUGCACAUGUCAGACGAUGGCAAGAUGCACAAAUUGACCUUCAAGGAGGUGUCCAUUGAUGACACAUCCAUGAUCAAAGUAGAAGCCAUGGGCAAAAGCUCAGAGGCCAUGCUCACAGUCCUCGAGGGAAAGCCUUACUUCACGACAAAACUGCACGACUACUCAGUCACUGAGAAGGAUGAACUGACAAUGGUUUGUGAACUGAGCAAGCCCAAUGCAGAGGUGAAAUGGUUCAAAGGUGACCAGCAAAUCACUCCCUCCAAGAACGUGGCCAUCAAAGCCGAUGGAAAGAGGCGUAUGCUGAUCAUUAAGAAGACAGAGAAAGCCGACAUUGGAGAAUACAGCUGUGAUUGUGACUCGGAUAAAACUACGGCCAAGCUCAACAUUGAAGAGCGUGACAUUAAGUUUGUCAGGCCCCUGUACAGCGUGGAAGUCACAGAAACUGAAAUUGCCAAGUUUGAGACUGAGAUCUCUGAGGAGGAAGUACAUGGUCACUGGAAACUCAAGGGAGAGGCCCUUCAUCAGUCUGCUGACUGUGAGAUUAAGGAGGAGGGUACAAGGCAUGUGCUGAUCCUGUACAACGUUCGCAUGGAUCAGGCCGGAGAAGUUGACUUCCAGGCUGCCAAUGCUAAAUCCAAUGCUCAGCUUAGAGUUAAAGCGCGAGUUAUCGGCCUGCUGCGGCCUCUCAAGGAUGUUACUGUUACUGCUGGGGAGACCGCCACUUUCGACUGUGAACUGUCAUAUGAAGGAAUUGCUGUGGAAUGGUUCCUAGGGGGUGCAAAGUUGGAGCCAAGUGACAGAGUGGUCACCCGAGCAGAAGGCAAAACUCACACUCUGACUCUAAGAGAUGUCAAGAUUUCAGAGGAUGGGGAAGUUAAACUGACUGCAAAGGAUUUCCAGAUUGAGGCCAGCCUACAUGUGAAUGAGCCACCAGUUGAGUUCAGCAAGCCUCUGGAGGACCAGACAGUUGAGGAAGAGGCUACUGCUACUUUGGAGUGUGAAGUCUCCAGAGAAAAUGCUGAGGUCACGUGGUUCCAGGACGGACAGGAGAUACGCAAAACGAAGAAAUAUGACAUUGUUGCCGAUGGCCGCAAGAGAAGACUCAUCAUCCAUGGCUGCACUCUUGAUGAUUCAAAAACAUAUACCUGCGACGCAUCAGAAUUCAAAACCUCUUGCUUCCUUAACGUUGAACCUCCACAUGUUGAGUUCUCUACACCACUCCAUGAUGUUGAGGUCAAAGAAAAGGACUCUGCUAGAUUUGAAUGUGAAGUAUCUCGCGAAAAUGUCAAGGUCCGUUGGUUGAAGGACAGCAGUGAAAUCAGAAAGGGAAAGAAAUAUGAAAUAAUUGCCAAAGGUCGCCAACACAUCCUCAUCAUCCACAAAUCAGUGUUCGAUGAUGAAGCAGAAUAUGAAUGUGAUGCAAAGGUUUCCAAAUCCUCCGGCAUGCUUACAGUCAUUGAGGAAGAGGCUAGGUUCACCAGGAACCUGUCUAAUGUGGAGGGAACAGAAACAGACAGCGUGAAGAUGAUUUGUGAAGUGUCAAAGGCCGAAGCUGAUGUCAUAUGGUAUAAAGGAGACCAGGAACUUCCGGAGGGAGGAAGAUACGAUCAAAUCGUAGAUGGCAGGAAGAGGAUACUCAUCAUUCAGGAUCUCAAAACAGAUGAUGCUGGAGAGUACCAUUGCAAAUUGUCUAGCUCACAGACAACUGGAAACCUGAAAAUAAAUGAACUGGCUGCUGAGUUUAUCGCCAAGCCUCAGAGUCAGGAGGUGGUUGAGGGACAAAAGGCUGAGUUUGUCUGCUCAGUCUCUAAAGACACAUUCAUUGUCAAAUGGAUGAAGGAUAAUCAGGAGCUAGAAAAGGGGGACAAGUACGACAUUGUCUGUGAUGGCAAGAGAAGAAUACUUGUUAUCAAGAACUCUGAACCCAAGGAUGAGGGAGCCUAUGUUGCCCUCAUUGGUACCACCAGAGCUACGGCUGACCUGCUUGUUCUUGAAAAACUCAGGAUCAUUACACCGAUCAAAGAUACAGAAGCUAAAGAGGGACAAGAGAUGGUCUUCAACUGUGAGGUGAACUCUGAGGAAGCAAAAGCUAAGUGGCUGAAGAACGAUGAGACCAUGUUCGAGAGCAGCAAGUUCGUCAUGAUCCAGAAAGACAACGUGUUCUCUCUGAGGAUCAAGGAUGCUGAGAAGUCAGAUGAAGGGAACUAUACUAUUACAUUGACAAACCACCGUGGUGAACAUGCCAAGAGCUCUGGCAAACUUACCGUAAAAGAGGAGAGUCUGAAGAUCAUUGUACCUCUUGAGGACUGCGACACACAGGAAAAGAAGACUGUUAGCUUCUCUUGCAAGGUCAACAGGCAGAAGGUUACUCUGAAAUGGAUGAAGGCUGGUCAGGAGAUCACACUCAGCAAACGCAUCCUCUACAGGGUGGACCAAUACAAGCACACACUGACCAUUAAGGAUUGUACUCUCGAUGAUGAGGGUGAAUACACCGUCAUGGCUGGUGAUGACAAGUCUACAGCUGAGAUGAUCAUCAGCGAAGCCCCCACUGACUUUUCCGCACAACUCAAAGACCAGACCAUCACUGAGUUUAAGGAUGCUGAGUUCACCUGCAAACUCACCAAGGAGAAGGCUGAGGUGAAAUGGUACAGGAAUGGACGUGAGAUCAGAGAGGGACCCAGGUACAUCUUUGAAAAAGAGGGCAAGACCUGCAGGCUGCGUAUCAAGGAGUGCAGACCAGAUGAUGAGUGUGAAUAUUCUUGUGGCGUCGAUGAAAGGAGAUCACAUGCCCAACUCUUUGUUGAAGAGACCGCAGUUGAGAUUGUCAGACCCCCUCAGGAUGUGUUUGAGCCUCCAGGCUCUGAUAUUGUGUUUGAGGUGGAGCUCAACAAAGACAGAGUUGAGGUCAAAUGGUUGAGGAACAACAUGACCAUUGUCCAGGGUGACAAGUACCAGAUGAUGAGCGAGGGCAAGAUCCACAGACUCCAGGUGUGUGAGAUCAGGCCUCGUGACCAGGGAGAGUACAGAAUCAUCGCCAAAGACAAGGAUGCCAGAGCCAAGCUGGAACUGGCAGCUAAGCCAAAUAUCAAGACUAUGGAUCAGAGCUUAGUAACAGACGCUGGAAAGCCCAUCGUCAUGUUCGUGCCCUACAGCGCGUAUCCUAAAGCUGAGGCUGAGUGGUUCUAUGAUAACGUCAGCCUUCCCAAGGACAACAUCCACACCGUUGGGGACAGCACAGAGUACAGGCUGAAGGACCCUAAGAAGUCUGAUCAGGGACGUUACAAGGUUAUCAUCAAGAACAAACACGGACAGGGAGAGGCAUUCAUUAAUCUGGAUGUCAUUGAUGUCCCUGGACCCGUGAAGAGCCUUCACGUGGUUGACACCGCCGAUGGUGAGGUCAGCCUGGUCUGGGAAGAGCCAGAGAGCGAUGGUGGCAGCAAGAUCAUUACAUACAUGGUGGAGAGGCGUGAUGUCAAGCGCAAGACAUGGACUCUUGCUACUGACCGCUCUGAUGCUCCAGAAUACACUGUGACCGGACUCCAGAGGGAAUCCAUGUACCUAUUCCGUGUUUGUGCUCGCAACAGAGUGGGCAGUGGACCAAAUGUUGAGACAGAGAAACCUGGUGUUUAUGCCAAGAACAAGUUUGAUGUUCCUGAUGCUCCUCAGGAUGUGAGUGUUGGAAAUGUGAGUAAGUUUGGUGCCACAGUCUCCUGGGAAAAACCAGUGUCUGACGGAGGGUCUGAGAUCACAUCCUACAUCAUUGAGUCCCGUGACAGGACCUCUGUGAAGUGGGCUGUGGCAAUGAUCAGUAAAGCAACAGAUCGCAGCGCAAUCAUCAACGACGUCAUUGAGAACAAGGAAUACAUCUUUCGUGUCAAGGCUGAAAACAAGGCUGGCAUUGGCAAACCAAGUGCUGCUACCAAUCCGGUUAAGAUCAUGGACCCCAUUGAGAGGCCAAGCCCACCACAAAACCUGGUACCCUCAGAGCAGAACAAGAACUCAGUCCAGCUGACAUGGGAGAUCCCAUUGAAGAAUGGAGGCAGCACGAUCACUGGCUACAUCAUUGAGAGAUGUGAGGACGAAACAGACCAUUGGCUCAGAUGCAACGCCAGGCUCUGCCAGGAUCUCACCUACAAGAUAUCUGGCCUGACAUAUGGCAAAAAAUACAACUACAGGGUGAUGGCUGAGAAUGCAGCUGGAGUGUCUGACCCAUCCAACACACUGGGACCCAUGCUGGCUGAUGAUACACAUGUUGGCCCCACAAUUGACCUGAGUGGAUUCAAGGAUGGCCUGGAGGUCAUUGUUCCCCAUCCCCUUACUAUCCGUGUCCCUAUCUCUGGAUAUCCAACACCAAACGCAAAGUGGAGCUUCGCUGAUAAGGAACUCACUGCUGGUGAACGUGUGUCCAUGAUUACAAAGAGUACCUACGUAGAACUGACCAUCACUCCAAGUGUGCGUCCAGACAGAGGUGUAUACACUCUUACUCUGGAGAAUGAUAUUACCAGUUGCUCCGGAGAGAUUGAAGUCAACGUUAUCGCAUCCCCAAGUGCACCCAAAGACUUCAAGGUUGCUGAGGUGACCAGACAGCAUGUGCACCUGAUGUGGGAGGCGCCAGAGCAUGAUGGAGGAAGCCCUCUGACUGGCUACCAGAUUGAGAAACGUGACGUAUCCCGCAAGACCUGGGUCAAGGUGAUCACUGGUGUUCAAGACCAGGAGUUCACUGUCACUGAUGUCGUUGAGGGUAAAGAGUAUCUGUUCAGGGUUACUGCCUGCAACAAGUGUGGCCCAGGAGAGCCUGCCUACAUUGACGAGCCAGUCAAUGUGUCCUCCCCUGCCACCGUGCCAGACCCACCUGAGAACCUGAAAUGGAGGGACAAGUCAGCUUCUGGCAUCUUCCUGACCUGGGAACCACCCAAGUGGGACGGCGGCACUGGAAUCAAGGGCUACAACAUAGAAAGGUGCCAGCGUGGCACAGACAAGUGGGAGUCCUGCGGAGAUCAGGUCCCUGAGUUGAAAUUGCAAGUGACUGGUCUCAUUGAGGGACAGUGGUACGCCUACCGCGUGAAGGCCUUGAACAGACUGGGUGCCAGCAAACCCUGCAAGGCUACAGAUGAGAUUUUGGCUGUUGAUCCUAAAGACCCCCCAGAGAUUCUUCUGGAUGUCAAAUGUCUUGCUGGACUGACCGCCAAAGCUGGCUCUAAGAUUGAGCUUCCAGCUGAUGUUCUUGGAAAGCCCGUACCUAAAGUGAAAUGGACCAAGGGUGACAUGGUUCUGAAGGGUGACGAUAGAGUUUCUAUUGACGACAAGCCUGGUCACUCCGUUGUUACUAUCAGCAAGACAACAAGAGAGGACACAGCUACCUACAUCAUUGAAGCACACAACAGCUGUGGCCGUGCUACUGCAACCGUUGACGUCAACAUUCUAGAUAAGCCUGGUCCUCCAGCUGCAUUUGAUAUCUCUGAGAUCACCAACAAGUCCUGUUUCCUGGCCUGGAACCCUCCCAGAGAUGACGGAGGUGCAAAGGUCACAAACUACAUAGUGGAGAGCAGAGCCGCAGAAAGCGAGAUCUGGCACAAGCUCUCCUCCACUGUCAAAGAGACCAACUUCAAGGCCCUCAACCUGACAGCUUUCAAGGAAUACAUCUUCAGAGUGUUUGCUGAGAACCAGUUUGGUAUUGGUGUGCCAGCCGAACAUAUGCCAAUCAUUGCCAGAUAUGCCUUUGAUUCUCCUGGUGCGCCAACUAAGCUGGAGCCUUCUGAUAUUGUUAAAGAUGGCCUGACUCUGAAUUGGUAUGAGCCUGAAGAGGAUGGUGGUAGUCCUAUCACUGGGUACUGGGUUGAGAGGUUUGAACCAGACCAGAACAGAUGGAUCAGAUGCAACAAGAUCCCAAUCAGAGACACAACAUUUAAAGUCAAAGGACUACCCACAAGGAAGAAGUAUAAGUUCAGAGUCUUGGCUGAGAAUCUCGCCGGACCUGGAAAACCAAGCAAGGAAACUGACCAGAUCUUGGUCAAGGAUCCUAUUGAUCCUCCAUGGGCUCCUGGUAAGCCAACCGUCAAAGACGUGGCCAAGACCUCUGCCUUCCUACAGUGGACCAAGCCUGAGCAUGACGGUGGUGCCAAGAUCGAGGGCUACAUCAUUGAGCUCCUGAAGAGUGGAACUGAGCAGUGGGUUCGUGUUUCAGAAGGAAUCAAUAUCCUGGAGCACUUCCUGAGAGGCCUGAUGGACAGACAGGAGUACUCCUUCAGAGUCAUUGCAGUCAAUAUCGCUGGGGAGAGUGAGCCCAGCGAGCCUAGCGAUCCAGUUCUGUGCAAGGAGAGACUCAAUCCUCCUACACCCCCACGCUGGUUGGAUGUCAUCAACAUUUCCAGUAACAGUGCUGAGCUGAAGUGGACAGUACCAGAGAAGGAUGGUGGUUCACCCAUCACCAACUACAUUGUUGAGAAGAGGGAUGUCAGGCGUAAGGGCUGGCAGGCAGUGGACACGACUGUGAAGGAGCUGAAGUACACGGUCACUCCACUGAAUGAGGGCUCCCUCUAUGUGUUCCGUGUGGCUGCUGAGAAUGCUGUUGGACCCAGUGAAUUCUGUGAACUGGAAGACUCCAUUAUGGCUAAAGAUACUUUCACUACCCCUGGACCACCAUAUAAUCUCUCUGUCCAUGGAGUGUCAAAGAGACAUGUUGACUUGCAGUGGGACGCCCCCAAGAAUGAUGGUGGCAAACCAGUUCUGAGAUACUCAAUUGAAAAGAAGGAGAAACUGGGCACCCGCUGGGUGAAGUGUGGUAAGACCUCAGGUGCUGACUGCAAGUACAGAGUUACAGACGUCAUUGAAGGAACCGAGGUUCAGUUCCUGGUUCGUGCUGAGAAUGAAGCCGGUGUUGGACACCCUAGUGAACCAACAGAAAUCAUUGCUAUUGAAGAUCCAACAGGUGUACCCUCUCCUCCAAUUGAGCUUCACAUCACUGAAGCCAGCAGAGAUCAUUUGUGUAUUGCUUGGAGACCACCAGAGAGAACUGGUGGCAGCCCUGUAACUGGCUACCAUAUCGAGCUCUGUGAGGCUGGCACUGAGAAGUGGAUGAGAAUCAACUCUCGCCCAAUCAAGGAGCUCAAAUACAAAACAGAGGAGGGCAUCAUCCCAGAGAAACAAUACGUCCUGAGAGUCCGUGCCAUAAACUCUGUUGGAGUUAGUGAGCCAUCUGAUAUCUCUGAGAAGGUCUAUGCCAAGGACCCUGACUGCAUCCCAAUCCUUGAGUUCCAGACUAAGGACAUUGUGAUUAUUGAGGGAGAGAAGUGGCAUCUCCCCAUCCCAUUCAGAGCAGUGCCCAAACCCAAGAUCACCUGGCACAAAGACGGAAAGGAGCUGAAGGACGAUGAAAGAAUGACCUUCAGACAGGAGUACCUCUCCUGCCAUCUGGAGAUCGAGAGCUGUCUGCAUGCAGACGCCGGCCAGUACAAGGUCACACUGGAGAACUCCUUGGGAACAAGCAGCGGAACAAUCAAUGUUAAAGUUGUUGGCCUGCCCGGUCCCUGCAAAGACAUUGUUGCCAGUGAAAUCACCAAGAGCUCUUGCAAGGUUUCCUGGGAUCCACCCAACUAUGAUGGUGGCAGCCCUGUUCUCCAUUAUGUGCUACAGCGCAGAGAGGCAGGCCGGAGGACCUAUGUCAACAUGAUGUCUGGAGAGAACAAAGUCAGCUGGCCCGUCAAGGAUCUGAUCCCCAAUGGAGAGUACUACUUCCGGGUCAAAGCUGUCAACAAGAUUGGUGGUGGGGAGUACCUUGAGCUCCGCAACCCCGUGAUCGCAGAGGAUCAGAAGCAGCGCCCUGACCCUCCGUUAGAUGUUGAGACCCACAACCCUACUUCUAAGACUAUCACCCUCACAUGGAAACCACCUAUGUAUGAUGGGGGCUGCAAGAUUAUGGGCUACGUUCUGGAGAUGAUGAUGAAGGGUGAUGAGAACUUCACAAGAUGCAACGACUUCCUUGUGCCUGUGCUGUCCUACACAGUGAGGAAUCUCAGGGAGGGAAAACAAUACCAGUUCCGUGUACGAGCUGAGAACGCUGCCGGAGUCAGCGACCCAUCACGCAGCACACCAAUGGUGAAGGCUUCUGAUUCUGUUGAAACACCCAAGGUGUUCCUCAGUGGAAGUCUGCAGUCCGGUAUGAGCAUUAAGAGAGGUGCUGAGAUCAGACUGGACGCCAACAUCUCUGGAUCCCCAUACCCUCAAAUCACAUGGUAUAGGAACGACGUGGUCAUCAGACCUGAAGCCAUGAAGAAGAGACCAGAGAAACCCAUUGUUAAGAAGAAGGAGGUGAAGAAGGAGGAAAAGAAGGAAGUGAAGGAAGGAGAAAAGAAGGAAGUCAAGGAGGGAGAGGUUGAGGCUCCAGCUGCAGAGCCUGCCCAUGAAGAGCCUGAGGAGGAACUCCCUGACUACCCAACCCUCCAGGAACGUCUCACCAUCCAUGACAAGAAGAGGGGAGAAUCCUCUUGCAUUGUCAGGGACACCAUCAGGGGUGACCAUGGCGUGUACACUAUCAAGGUCGAGAACGACCAUGGUAUUGCCUCUGCAACUUGUGAAGUCAAUGUGCUAGAUGCACCUGGUCCUGCAAUCAACUUCAGGUUUGAGGAGAUCAGGAAUAACUCUGUCAUCUGCAAGUGGGAUCCUCCCAUGGAUGAUGGUGGCAGUGAGAUCCUGAACUACACCUUGGAAAGGAAGGACAACUCCAAGGUGGAGAUCGGAUGGAUCACAGUAACCUCAACGCUCAGAGGAUGUAGAUACCCCGUGACCAAACUGAUAGAGAAGAAGGAGUACAUCUUCCGUGUCACUGCUGAGAACAAGUUUGGUCCUGGACCACCAUGUAUCUCUAAACCAAUUAUUGCCAAGGAUCCAUUUGACCCACCAGAGGCUCCAGAGAAGCCUGAGAUUGACGGCAUCACAGCCAACUCCAUGCUGGUUACCUGGGAGGUGCCAAACGACAUGGGCAGCCCCAUCCUUGGUUACUGGGUGGAGCGUCGUGAGAUCAACAGCACCCAUUGGACCAGAGUCAACCGGGUCAUUUUGGAUGAUACAGAAAUGAAUGUGGAAGGCCUACUGGAGGGUCUGACAUAUAUCUUCAGGGUGGCUGCUGAGAACCAAGCUGGGCCUGGGAAGUUCAGCGUCCCAUCUGAUCCCAUGACAUGCCAGGAUCCAAUCUUGCCACCUGGACCACCGUUCCCAAGAAUCCUUGACACCACUGAGUCUUCCAUUGAUGUGGAAUGGGAUCCUCCUGCCUCCAAUGGAGGUGGAGACAUCCUGGGCUACCAUGUUGACAAGACCCUAGCAGGCACCAAUGACUGGUCCCGCUCCACAGAGAGACCCUGGAAGACCCGGGCCUUCACUGUGUAUGGAGUCAGAGAAGGAGCCAAGUACCUGGUCCGUGUGAUCGCAGUCAAUGGAGCUGGUGAAGGAACUCCUGGCUUGACUGAAUCAGUCUUUGUCAGAGAUCCUAAAGAGGCUCCAGUGGUAGAGUUGGAUCUCACUGUGAGGAAUGGUGUAAUGAUCAGAGCUGGGGAGCCACUGAUUCUGCCUGCCCUGGUCACUGGUAAACCUCCUCCAGACAUCAAAUGGACCAAAGAUGACGGUCCACCUGACAAAGACCACGUCCAGAUAGAAAAUGUUGGAAAGGAAAGCACUCUCAGUAUCAAGGCCGCCACAAGAAAGGAUCCUGGCAAGUACCAGAUCAGUGCAAGAAAUAGCAGCGGAAUCAAGUCUACAUGGACAAGGGUUGAUGUCAUGGAUGUUCCCGGGCCUGUGCUGGACCUGAAACCUGUGGUGGUAACCAGGAAACUGAUGAUUCUGAACUGGUCCGAUCCUGAUGACGACGGUGGCAGUGAUCUGACCGGCUUCAUCAUUGAGAGAAGAGAUCCCAAGAUGCACACGUGGAGACAGCCCAUCGAGACACCCUCAUCUAAGUGUGAGAUUGUGGGUAUUGUUGAAGGACAGGAGUACAUCUUCCGAGUUGUGGCGAAGAACAAGUUUGGCUGUGGCCCUCCUGUUGAUCUGGGUCCUAUUGCUGCAGUGGAUCCUAAAGCUCCACCAACUUCACCUGAGAGGUUCCACUACACUGAGAGGACAAAGUCUUCCAUCAGCCUUGCAUGGAGACCUCCCCGCAACGAUGGAGGCAGUCCAAUCUUGGGCUACUUUGUUGAGAAGAAGAAGCACGAUGCCCCAGCAUUUGAGCCUUGUAACACAGAGAUGUGCAAGGACCUCUUCAUGACUGUCGAUAACCUUGAGGAGCUGUUUAUGUAUGAGUUCCGUGUCAAGGCUGUCAAUUUGAUUGGACCAAGUGAACCUGGAAUUCCACUCACCAUUGUCAUUCAAGAUGAUGAAGUUCCUCCUACUGUGAGGAUGUUAAAGACUUUCAAAGGAGAUGUCAUCACUGUCAAGAAGGGAGAGCCUAUUGAAAUCCCUGCUGAGGUGACUGGUCUUCCAAUGCCCAAGGUUGAAUGGUUGAAGGAUGACGUCAUUAUUGCAGAGCCCACUGAGACCCUGUUGUUGGAAACCAAGGAGAUCAACAGAAUCCAGUCCAACACCAAGCUCAGUUUCCCUGCAGCAGCCAGAUUGGACAAAGGCAUCUUUACAGUGACUGCCUCCAAUCGUCUUGGAUCAGCUAGUCACACCAUCAAGGUUAAUGUGUUAGACCGUCCUCUGCCACCAAGGAAUGUGAAUAUUGGUAACAUCAAGGCUGAGUCCUGCAAGCUGACCUGGGACGCCCCAGAGGACGACGGAGGAAGUGAGCUCACUAACUACAUCGUUGAGAAGCUGGACAUUCUUCCUGAGGUGGAACCUGAAGAAGAAUAUGAGGAUUCUGAGGAUGAGGAGCCUAAGCCUAAAUCUGAGCCGAGACCCAUUCCUGUAUGGACAGUGAUCACCAACAGCAUCAUUGAGAAACGACUCGGGGUUUGGAAUCUGGAAACCGGUAGCCAGUACCAAUUCAGAGUGAGAGCAGAGAACAAGUAUGGACAGAGUGACGCCUGCGAAACAGAGGCCACCGUCAUCAAGGAUCUGUACGGACUCCCUGGUCCUCCAGAGAAACCAAAGAUCGCAGAGCACACCAGGUCCUCCAUGCUUGUGACAUGGGACCCUCCACGAGACAACGGUGGAUCCACUAUCUCUGGCUACUGGCUGGAGAAGAGGGAGAAGGGUUCGUCUUAUUGGGCCCGGGUGAAUAAAGCCCCAGUGACCAAGCGCGCCCCUAAGGGCUGGGAGUUCCUGGUCGUUCGUAUGAUUGAGGGGUCCGCAUAUGAGUUCCGUGUCAUGGCUGUCAAUAUUGCCGGUAUUGGACCCCCCAGUGGACCUUCCGAUCCUGCAAACGCAGUGGACCCUCUUAUGAAACCUGGCAUGCCAGCACCACCAGAGGUUGCAGACAAAACCAAGCACAGUGUCAGCCUCACAUGGUCUCCACCUGAAAAAGACGGGGGAAGCCCCAUCAAGGGUUACAUCGUUGAGAUCCAGGAUGAAGGCAGCUCUUUCUGGAACAGGAUCACAGAUGUAGAUGCUCUGCAUGAGACCACAGAGCUCACUGUACCAGGUCUCAAAGAGCUGAAACACUACAAGUUCAGAGUCACAGCUGUCAAUGACAUCGGCGAGUCUGACCCAAGUCCAAAGACUGAAGUACUAAUUGAGGACGUACAUGUGGGGCCGAAGAUCCUUAUCGAUUGCAUUGUGGAAGAUUUGCUGUGCGUCCGAGCUGGUCAUGCCUUCAGAAUCCCUGCCACCAUCAAAGGGCGUCCCGUUCCUAAGGUGACCUGGGAAUACACUGGUUCAGCAAAGACCCACAAGAAGAAUCGUCUUCAUGUCCUUCCAGUUGAUUCAGAGAUUGAAUCUACUGAUACUACCUCAAACAUCACUGUACCUGUGUGCUUGAGGACCCACUCUGGAAGAUACACCAUCACAGCCAAGAACAAGGCUGGACAGAAACAUGUCAACGUCAGAGUCAAUGUUCUCGAUGUGCCUGGUGCUCCUAGAGAGCUCAAAGUGACUGACAUCACCAGAGCUACCAUGAGGCUGAUCUGGAAACUGCCUGCUAAUGAUGGUGGCGAGCGGAUCAAGAGUUACUUCAUUGAGAAGAAGAAUGUGACAGGAAAGGCUUGGACCAUAGUAAACCAGUGCUGUUUCAGCCAGGCCUACGUUGUGGAGGGACUGCUGGAGGGACAGGAGUAUGUGUUCCGUGUGCGGGCAGAGAACCGUCUGGGAAUGGGACCUUUCACUGAGACCACUGAGCCUGCUAGGGCAAGAGACCCCAUCUACAUACCUGAUCCCCCAACCCAUGUCAAGAUCAAUCUGGUAACCAAGGAUACAGUGACCCUGACAUGGGUACCACCUAAGAACAACGGUGGUUCUCCUGUGACGCACUACAUCAUUGAGCGCCUGAGCUGGGACACCAGCGGUCCGGAGAAAGAGACGUGGAAGCAGUGUAACAAGCGUAACGUUGAGGAAACCGUCUUCAUCAUUGAAGAUCUUAAAAAUGGAGGAGAGUAUGAGUUCCGCGUCAAGGCUGUGAACGAGGCCGGCCCAAGCAGACCAUCUGCUACCGCUGGACCAAUCAUUAUCAAGGACCAGACAUGUGCUCCUACCAUUGAACUGAAGGAACAGAUGGAAGGUGAAGAGGGACUAGACGUCCAUAUUGUGGCUAGGAUCCAUGGCUGUCCAUUCCCCUCCCUCGUAUGGCAGAAGGCUCCCAUUGCCAAGCCUGAAGACAAGGCUGUAGUGCAAUAUGAUCAGCAUGUCAACAAGCUGGUAGUUGAUAACAAAUGUACGCUGCUGAUCCAGCAGUCCAAGAGAGACGACAGCUCCCUGUACACUAUCACUGCUAGCAACAGUCUGGGCAAAGCAUCUAAGGAAAUAAAACUCACUGUCCUAGGACGACCUGGCGUACCUGUCGGGCCAAUCGAAUUCAAAGAGGUGUUUGCCGAGAGGAUAACACUUGCAUGGAAACCACCUAGAGAUGAUGGUGGCUCCAAGGUUACAAACUACGUCGUUGAGAAGCGUGAGGAAAACAGAAAGUCAUGGGUGCACGUUUCCGCAGACCCCAAAGAAGGCCUGUAUACAGUUCAGAGGCUGACUGAGGGCCAUGAGUAUGAGUUCCGUGUCAUGGCUCAGAACAAAUAUGGAGUUGGACCACCGCUGUACAGCGAACCUGAGAAAGCAAGGAAUCUGUUCACUGUCCCUGGCCAAGUUGAGAAGCCCAUAGUGGAAGACGUGACUCUUGAGUCAAUGGUGAUCAUCUGGGACGAGCCAAAAUACGAUGGUGGAUCUCCAGUUAGUGGUUACUGGCUGGAGCGUAAAGAGACGACGGCUAAGCGCUGGACCAAAGUGAACCGCGCCCCCAUCAGGGUCAUGCCCCUGGGUCAGGAGUAUGAGAUCACUGGUCUGCAGGAGGGAGCAAUCUAUCAGUUCCGUGUGACCGCAAUCAACGCAGCUGGCAUGGGACUUCCUAGUGUCCCAUCGGAUCCUGUUCUUUCAAGAGACCCUAUUACUCUCCCGGGUCCCCCAACCCCCAAAGUAACAGACUGGACCAAGUCAACAGUGGAUCUGGAGUGGAUCCCACCUUUGAUUGAUGGUGGAUCUAAGGUCACUGGUUACUUUGUUGAAUACAUAAACGAGGAAAAAGAAGCAGAAAUUGAAAAACAGAAGGCAGCGGAAGCAGACAAAGUAGUAGUAAAAGAGAAAAAGGUUAAGAAAAUCAUAUUCGACGAAGAUGGAAAUGAAAUAUCAGAAUCAGAAGAAGAAGAAAAGGUAGUAGUGAUAAAAGACGGAUGGGAAAAGGCUAAAGACAAGGAGAUUAGAGGCACUAAGUUUGUUGUGUCUGGACUGAAAGAGCUGGGAAGGUACAAGUUUAGAGUGAGGGCAGUGAAUGCUGCUGGCGUCGGUGAGCCCGGUCAAGUGGCCGAAGUGAUUGAAUGCAAGGACAGAACAAUUGCCCCUGAAGUGGACUUGGAUGCCACAUUGAAGGAAAGGAUUAUAGUCCAUGCCGGUGGUACCAUCCGCCUCCUGGCCUACGUGUCAGGCAAGCCUGCACCAGAGAUCACAUGGAACAGAGAUGACCAGCCUCUACCAGCAGAGGCUAAGGUUGAAAUCACGUCAAUCAGCUCUGCUCUGGUUAUCAAAAACUGCAGACGCCAUCACCAGGGUAUAUACACCCUGAGUGCAAAGAAUGAAGGAGGGGAAAGGAAGAAGGCUGUCAUUGUGGAGGUGUUGGAUGUUCCCGGCCCAGUUGGUCAGCCCUUCUCUGGUGUGAACCUCACCACGGACUCCUGCAAGUUAACCUGGUGCUCCCCUGAAGACGAUGGUGGCUCUGCCAUCACCAACUACCUAAUAGAGAAGAGAGAGUCUGACCGCAUGGGCUGGACAGCAGUCUCUUACACGGUCACCAGGCAUAAUGCUGUGGUCCAGGGUCUCAUUGACGGAAAAGGAUAUUUCUUUAGAAUCGCAGCUGAGAAUAUCAUCGGAAUGGGUCCAUUUAUUGAAUCACAACGACCAGUUCUCAUCAAAGAUCCUAUUUCUGUUCCUGAGCGUCCUGAGGAUCUAGAGGUCACAGCAAUCACCAAAGACUCCAUCAGUUUGACCUGGAGACCACCUAAGUAUGAUGGGGGUUCUGAGGUUACAAGUUAUGUGCUUGAAACUCGUCUAAUCGGAAAGGAUAGCUUCACUAAGAUCGAUACUGAUGGCACGCUAAUGGAUAGGAAGUUCACAAAGGGAGGUCUCAAAGAGAAUUCCACCUAUGAAUUCCGUGUCAGUGCUGUCAACGUGAUUGGUCAGGGCAAGCACUCUUUCUGCACCAAGCCAAUCAAGGUCAAAGAAGAACUUGAGCCCCCAACGAUCGACUUGGACUUCCGUGACAGACAGGUUGUGCGUGUGGGAGACGUGUGCACCCUCCAGGGCCGCUUUACUGGAAAGCCAGCACCUACAAUAACAUGGACAAAGAACGAGGAAGAGCUGAAAGCAAAUGAGGAGGUCACAAUGACCAACACUAGUAAAACACUGUGCUUGGCUAUGCCCAAGGCUAAACGCGAACACAGCGGCAGAUACCAGGUGGUUGUGGAGAACAUUGUCGGCUUACGUAAAGGAAUCUGCAGUCUCACUGUUGUUGAUCGCCCCCAGCCUCCAGAGGGCCCAGUGGUCUUCAAUGAGGUCUACAGGAACUACAUGGUGAUUUCCUGGAACCCUCCUCUGGACGAUGGUGGAUGUGCCAUCUCCAACUACACCAUUGAGAAGAGAGACACAAACAGAGACCUCUGGAUGCCAGUGACAACAGCUUGCACCAGGACAACAUGCAAAGUUCCUAAGCUGAUUGAGGGCAGAGAGUACAUAAUCAGAAUCUGUGCUGUGAACAUCCACGGUGUCAGCAACCCACUGCUGUCUGCAGAGACCAAGGCUAAGGAUGUCUUCAAGGUGCCAGAUGCACCCAAACAGCCCAUUGUGAAGGAGAUCUAUAAGGAUCAAGCCCUCCUCACUUGGGAGCCACCUGCGGAUGGUGGCAAGCCCAUCACUGGCUACGUUAUUGAGAGGAAGGAAACCAUGGCUAACAGAUGGACUCGUGCAUCUGGAAAAGACCGCAUCUUCCCCAAAGUAGAGUACUUUGUUCCAGACCUCCUUGAGGGCUGUGAAUAUGAGUUCCGUGUCAUGGCUGAGAACGUUGUGGGUCUGGGUGACCCCAGCCCUCCAUCAAAGCCCAUCUUCGCCAAAGAUCCAAUUGUGCCUCCAAGCCCCCCCGUGUUGCCAGAAGCUGUGGAUUGGACAAAGGAGUCUGUCUCACUAUCUUGGCAGCCACCAAAGGACUGUGGCAGGGGAAAGAUCUUUGGCUAUCUCGUUGAGUUCAGUAAAGUUGGAAAGGAGUGGCAAAAAGUGAAUCAGACUCCUGAUUCCUGCCAAGAAACCAAGUUCAAGGUCAUUAACCUGGAAGAGGGAGAAUAUUACAAAUUCAGAGUUACUGCUGUGAACUUCGCUGGUGAAUCUGAACCCGCAUACACCACAGAUCCAGUGAAGGCAGAAGACAGAUUUGAACCUCCUGAGUUGGAUGUUGAACUGGGUAUGCCUCGUGAGUUGAAAGCCAUGGCCGGAACCCAUAUCAAUCUGGUUGCUGGAAUCAAGGGAAUUCCAUUCCCCAAAGUCACAUGGAAGAAGAACGAUAAAGACGUCCCCACAAGAGCCGAAAUUGAGGUCAAUCCACUAGGAUCUAAAUUGGAGAUGCGCUACUGUGCCCGUUCUGACUGUGGCGACUACACUUUGAACAUAGAAAACUCAUCUGGAUCAAGGACUGCCACAUGCACAGUCCUCGUCCUUGACAAACCUGGUCCAAUCCAGCACCUGAGGGUUUCAGAGGUGAGAAGCGAUUCUGCCUAUCUCUCCUGGAAAGACCCUGAGGACAAUGGAGGAGCACGUAUUACCAACUUUGUUGUGGAGAAGAAAGAUGUGGCAUCUGCACAGUGGGUGCCAGUCUGCUCUUCAUCUAAGAAACGCAGCAUGAUGGCCAAGCACUUGAUGGAAGGAACAUCAUAUUUGUUCCGCGUUGCUGCUGAGAAUCAGUUUGGCAGAAGUGAAUACAUUGAAACAACCAAAGCUGUCAAAGCCAUGAAUCCUCUGUUCCCGCCUGGUCCACCAAAGGACUUGCACCACGUAGAUGUGGACAAGACAGAGGUCUGGCUUGUGUGGAACUGGCCUGACCGCAACGGAGGUAGUGACAUCACAGGUUUCCUGGUUGAGUACCAAGAGGAAGGAGAGAGAGAGUGGGAUGAAUGGAACACCGUCAGCAUCCCUGAGAGCCACAUCACUGGCCUCGAGGAAGGAAAGACGUACAGAUUCCGUGUGAGAGCGGAGAACGCUAUCGGACUGAGUAGACCAGACACCACUGUUCCCGUUCUCUGCCAGGAGAAGCUUGUGGCUCCAAUUGUUGAAGUUGAUGCCAAGCUGAUCGAAGGGAUCAUCGUGAAAUGUGGAAGCACAAUCAGACUCCCUGCUAUCAUGAGAGGCAUUCCUGCGCCUACUGCUAAAUGGUCCAUUGACGGAGCAGAAAUUGUUCCCGAAGGCACAGUUAAAAUUGAGAGUGACAACUAUUCAACAGUUCUCAGCAUCAAUGAUUGUUUGAGAAGUGACAGUGGAACCUAUAUCCUCACAGUGUCCAACCCUGCAGGAACCAAGACUCUGGCUUUGAAUGUGACCGUUCUUGAUGUGCCUGCAGCGCCCAUUGGACCAGUUAGUAUCCUUGAAGUUACUCCUGAGUACAUGCUUAUUGACUGGCGUCCUCCAAAGGAUGAUGGUGGAAGCCCUGUAACAGGUUAUGUUGUUGAGAAGAGAGAGGCUAAGAAAGAAACCUGGGGAGGUGUGUGCUCUGGUAGCACAGCCACAAAGCUUAAGAUCUCUCGUUUGCAGAGUGGCGUUGAAUAUGUUGUGCGCAUUCGCGCAGAGAAUAAAAUGGGUAUCGGCGCUCCUCUUGAAAGUGCACCAACCGUUGCCCAACACACGUUUGAAGCCCCUGGCCAUCCAGGCAAACCAAACACAUCAGACAUUGCAGAAGAUGCUCUCACUGUUGGGUGGACAAUGCCAUUAUUUGAUGGAGGCAGUCAAAUCACUGGAUAUAUCGUUGAGCGUAGACAUAAGGGCGGAAAAUGGAUCCGUGUCAACACGACACCCUGUAAAGAUCUCAGAAUCAGAGUACUUGGUCUCUUUGAGGGAAAUGAGUAUGAGUUUAGAGUUUUUGCUGAAAACAUUGCCGGUUUCAGUGGACCUUCUCCCAUAUCAGACCCAGCAAAACCCUGUCGCCAUAUCACAGCUCCUGGACCUCCAGUUAACCCCAGAAUCAAGGACUACAGUAAGGAAAAUGCAGACCUAGUCUGGAUUAAACCCAACAAAGAUGGAGGCAGUCCAAUCACGGGCUACAUUAUUGAAAUGCAGAAAGCUGGCGGAGAAUGGGUGAUCAUCAACAAGGAUGGUCACAUUAAGCAGUGUGCUUACAGAGUUAAAGGCCUUGAAGAACACUCAGAGUACAGGUUCCGCAUUAGUGCUGUAAAUAUGAUUGGAGUUGGAGAGCCUAGAGAAUGCCCUGAAUCGGUGGUUGCCAAAGACAUCAUGAUACCUCCAGAGAUCGAGAUGGAUGCUACAAGCCGUGAGCAUUUGACUGUCCGUGUUGGACAUAACAUCAACAUCAUCGGUUACGUGAAAGCCAGACCUGACCCAGAGAUUAUCUGGAAAAAGGGUGAUGACGUUUUGGAAACUGCCAAGCGCACAACACUAACUAAAAACUUCCCUGUUGUUCAACUGAGAAUCAAAGAGGCAACCAGAGCAGACCAUGGAAAGUAUGUUUUGAAGGCUAACAACUACAGUGGUGAAGCCAAAGCUACGAUAACUGUGAAUGUGUUGGAUAGACCUGGACACUGUCAGAAUCUGAAGGCCUCCUAUGUGACCAGAGACUCCUGUAUGGUGUCCUGGGAGAACCCUGUGGACAACGGUGGCUCUGAGAUUACAAACUACAUUGUUGAGUGCCGUGAACCCAGUGUGAGGCUUUGGUCAAUGAUCUCAUCUGACUGCACUAACCGCAUGGUUAAAGCCAAACUCAUGGAGGGCCAUGAGUAUCUCUUCCGUGUUUGUGCUGUGAACAAAUGUGGCCCUGGGCCCACAGUUGAAACAAAACAACCAACCCUUGCCAUCGAUCCCAUUAACAAGCCUGGUGAGCCAGAGAACUUCCGGGUAACUGAUGUCGGUAAGAACUUUGUCUUCUUGAAAUGGAGGAGGCCAGACUAUGAUGGUGGAAGCCCCAACAUUAGCUACGCUUUGGAGAGCAAAUUGGGAGCGGAAGAAUGGGUGCCAUUACAUGAGGAUCUGAUUACGAAUACAUUCUUCAUGGCUGACAAGUGUGUGGAAAAACAAACCUAUCAGUUCAGAGUGCAGACAUGCAACGAAGGUGGAGAAAGUGACUGGGUGAAGACUGGUGAUGUUCUUGUCAGAGAGGAGAUCCAGAAACCAGUGCUUGAUAUAAAGUUAACUGGAGCCCUUGUGGUUAAAGCUGGAGAGUCUAUCCGAAUUGAGGCUGGACUCAGAGGAAAGCCUCAACCAGAGGUGAAGUGGGUGAAGGACAAGGCCACAGGAGAUAACCCUAGAAUUAGUGUUGAAACGGGCACAGAUUAUUCUAAAUUUCUUAUGACCAAAUCUAAACGCACAGACACCGGAAAAUAUGUCAUCACCGCUACAAACUCUGCUGGAACCUUCACUGGAUACGCAAUUGUCAAUGUCUUGGAUGUUCCAGGGCCUGUGAGAGACGUGAAGGUGUCUGGAAUCGGAGUAGACAAAUGUAGAGUUGCAUGGGAUCUCCCAGAAGAUGAAGGUGGAUGUGAAGUUGAUAGCUAUAUCAUUGAGAAAUGUGAGACAAGAAGAAUGGUCUGGUCCACAUACUCUGCUUCACUUGUCACCAACUAUUGCAAUGUCACCCGACUAGUAGAAGGAAAUGAGUACAUCUUCCGCAUCAGAGCAGAAAACAAGAUGGGAACAGGUCCUGCAGUGGAGAGCAAACCCGUCACAGCUAGGACUCAGUUCAACAGACCUGGACCACCAGAAUCACCAGAGAUCACCAAGAUCGGCAAAGAGGAGAUGACAGUCGUAUGGGCCCCACCAGAGAAUGAUGGUGGAAAGUCUAUCACUGGUUAUAUCCUGGAAAGGAAAGAAAAGCGCGCUGUCAAAUGGGUGCCAUGCACAAAGAGUACCAUCUCUGAGAGACGCAUGAAAGUCAGCAACUUGAUUCCCAACCACGAGUAUCAGUUCCGUGUCAAGGCUGAAAAUGAAGUCGGACUGGGAGAGCCAAGCAAACCAUGCAGACCAGUAGCAGCCAAAGAUCCAAUUGAGGUUCCUGGUCCUCCAGGCAGUUUCAAGGUGAUUGACAGCACCAAGACGUCCAUUACUCUUGGGUGGGCCAAGCCUAUCUAUGAUGGAGGUGCUCCUAUCAUUGGUUACAUGGUUGAAAUGAGAGACAAACCUGAGCCUAAACCUGAAGUGGUUGAUGCUGAAGCUGUUCCUGAAGCUGUGCCUAAAGCUAAACCUGCAGAGGAAGCUAAGCCUGUAGGUGAAGCCAAGCUUGAAGGUGAAGCUGAAGCUAAGCCUGAAGCAGCAGUAACAGAAGGUGAGGAACAAUAUGAAGAGGAUGAAUCUGCUGCAGUUGCAGCUAAAGCUAAAGCUGAAGCUAAACGUAAGAAGAAAGAAGAGGGCUGGAAGAAGUGCAACACCGGUGCUGGUGUGCUGGUGCACACAGAAUUCACCAUUCCAAACUUGAAUGAGAAGCAGAUGUAUGAAUUCAGAGUCUCUGCACAGAACCAGGUCGGCUGGGGCCGCCCCGCUACACUCAAAGAGGCCGUCAACCCCAAGGAGGUCCUUGAGGCACCAGAGAUCGACUUGGAUGCAAGUCUUAGGAAGGGCUUCACUGUUAGAGCAGGCUGCCCCAUCAGGCUCUUCGCUACUAUCAGAGGAAGACCAUCCCCCAAAGUCACCUGGAAGAAGCUCGGUGUUGAUAAUGUAGUCAGGAGAGGGCACGUGGAUCAGAUUGAUACUAUGUCCUUCCUUGUGAUCCCUGAGAGCACUCGGGACGACUCCGGCAAAUACUCUCUGACACUCUCCAACUCCGCUGGGGAGAAAGCUAUAUUCGUGCGCGUUAAAGUAUUGGAUACUCCUGGACCUGUGGGAGGAUUUGAGGUCUGUGAUGUGACAAGCACCGGUUGUCAGCUGUCUUGGCUCCCUCCGGAUAACGAUGGUGGCUGCCAAAUCCAGAACUACAUUGUUGAGAAACGUGAACUCGACAAGAAGACUUGGUCAAAUUGUAUCAACGAUUUGAAGAAAACAAGCUUCAAAGUCACUGGCCUCACACCUGGCUGUGACUACUACUUUAGAGUUAUGGCAGUCAAUAAAUAUGGCAUUGGUGUUCCUAAAGACUCUCCAAAAGCUUAUCUGACAUCUGACCCUAUAAGUGAACCUGAUCCACCCAAGAAAAUGGAAGUCUUGGAAGUUACAAAGAACAGUGCCACUCUGGGAUGGCUGAAACCUUUGAGGGAUGGUGGAGCUAAGAUCAAUGGCUACAUGGUUGAUUACAAAAAGGACGGUGAACCUGAAGACAAAUGGACACCAUAUUCCGUUGUUAAAGACUUAACCAUUGUAGUUGUUGGACUGAAAGAGGGCACAAAGUACAAGUUCAGAGUUGCAGCAAGAAAUGUGGCUGGAACCAGUCUGGCAAGAGAAGCAGAGGGAGUAUUUGAGGUCAAGGAGCAGCUGAUGGCACCGAAGAUCAUCAUGCCUGAUAUUGUCACAGUAAAAGCAGGAGAGAAAAUGAGAGUUGAAGCUAUUGUGGCUGGAAAACCUGCACCAUUCUGCAAAUGGAGGCAAGGAGCCGAGGAUCUGUUGACAUCUAAUCGUCGCAUGGUGCAAAAGUCUCCAAAUUGUAUUACGCUCAUCAUGAAAGACGUCUCAAGAAAGGAUAGUGGUUACUACAGUCUUUCUGCUGAGAACAGCACCGCCAAAAUCAGCCAGAUUCUUAGGGUCGUAGUACAGGAUAAGCCAGGGCCUCCUGACGCUCCCCUGGAGAUCAUUGAGGUUGAUAUUGAUGCCUGCACACUUCAGUGGAACCAACCCAGUGAGGACGGUGGAAGCAACAUCACCAACUACGUCAUUGAGAAGUGUGAUGUGAGCAGAGGAGACUGGGUCAUAGCUUCUGGCUCAUGCACCACGACCAGCUACAAAGUUGGAAAGCUUACCCCUGGAAUGGAAUAUGGCUUCCGUGUCCGAGCUGAGAACCGAUUUGGUAUCUCAGAGCCAAUCUAUUCAGAGAAAAUGAUUGCUAGAUAUCCCUUCGAUGUCCCAGGCGAGCCCAGAAAUCUGUGUAUCACAAAAGUCAAGAGUGAAGCAGUGUCUCUGUCCUACGAGACCCCAUCAUCUGAUGGUGGCAGUCCUCUUACCGGAUACUGCAUUGAGCGCAAAGAGAGGAACAGCCUUCUCUGGGUGAAAGCAAAUGAGUCCGUUGUCCGUGGACUUGAAUACAACUGCACAGGCUUAAUGGAAGGUCUGGAAUAUGCAUUCAGGGUGUCUGCCCUCAACAAGGCUGGCCAGGGUAAACCAAGCAAACAGACUGACUGGGUCACAGCAAGAACACCCAUCGAUCCACCUGGUAAACCUGAGGUAAUGGAUGUGACAAAAAGCACUGUUUCACUUGUUUGGACUCGUCCCCAAAAUGAUGGAGGUAGCAAGCUCAUCGGAUACUAUGUGGAGUACAUGAAGAUUGAUCAAGAAGUAGAGAAAUGGGUUCGCUGCAAUGCCAACUGCCAGAACGUCAAGACAGAAGACUAUGUCGUAACUGGCCUGGAGGAGGGAGCCCAGUAUCGCUUCAGAAUUUUCGCCAAAUCAGCGAUCAACAUCAGCUUGCCUUCUGAGAUCUCAGACGCCAUCCCAGUGUUUGCAGAGAAUGUUCCCCCCAGGGUCGAGCUGGGAGUGGACAUGAAGAACAUGAUCAUAGUGAAGGCUGGAGAAAAUGUCUCCUUUGAUGCUGUAGUGUUUGGAAAACCACUGCCCAAGGUUACAUGGAAGAGAAAUGGUGUUCCAUUGAAACUGGUUGAGGGGAUGAAGAUGACACAGAAGAGACACACACACAUUCUGGAAUUGUUCUCUGUCGCAAGGAAGGAGUCUGGAGAGUACACUAUUCUAGCUGAAAAUCCCAAUGGUGCUAAAUACGCCAAUAUUAAGCUUAAGGUUCUAGACAAACCUGGCCCACCAGCUGGAGUGAAGAUCACCAAGGUGUUUGCGGACCGUAUUAAGAUGAGGUGGGAGCCACCUGUUGCAGACGGAGGCUCUGAAAUCACUAACUACAUCAUUGACAAACGUGAAACCAGCAGAGCGAACUGGGCGCUGGUAACCUCCAAUAUCCAUGGUCAACUGACUGAUUGCACAGUAGAGAAACUGAUGCAGGACCAUGAAUACCAGUUCAGGGUCAGUGCUGAGAACCAGUAUGGUAUUGGGGACCCUAUCCUCACCGACCCUGUCAUGGUCAAGAAUCCAUAUGAUGUUCCUGGUCCUAGCGAGCCACCAGUUAUUACCAACAUUACAGCCAAUUCUAUGACGGUCAGCUGGAAGGCGCCAGCUGAUGAUGGUAAAGCUACUAUUCUGGGUUACAUGGUUGAGAAACGUGAAGCAUCAGAGCUCAACUGGGCUAAAGUCAACCGUAAACCAGUGAUUGACAGGAGCAUCAAAGCUGUCCAGCUCUCAGAGGGAACUGAGUAUGAGUUCAGAGUGAUUGCCAUGAACAAAGCUGGAUUUGGCAAACCAAGUGAUGCAUCCAAUGCUGCCCUUGCUGUGGAUCCUGUGUAUCCACCUGCACCUCCUGCCUUCCCUAAAGUUGUUGACUCAACACACAGCACCAUAAGCUUGUCUUGGACCAAGCCUGCUUACGAUGGUGGUUGUGAGAUCUUCGGCUACCUUGUCGAGUGCAAGAGAGCUGAUGCAGAACACUGGACGAAGUGCAAUGUGCCCAAGAAGCUGCAAGAAACCAAGUUCCUGGUUACUGGUCUCAUUGAUAAAACAGAAUAUGUUUUCCGUGUCUUUGCCGUGAACAAGAUCGGAUACAGCGAGCCAAGUGAAAUCCCUGGGAAACACGAGGCCAAAGACAUCCUGAUUGCUGCUGAUGCUGAGCUGGAUGCAGACCUUCGCAAGGUACUGGUCCUGAGAGCCGGAGUCACAAUGAGACUCUAUGUGCCACUGAUAGGACGUCCCCCACCCAAGGUGGUGUGGACCAAGGUCAAUGCCAACCUCAAAGAACGAGCAGGAAUAAUGAUCAAAACGUCUGAAUGGGAUACCCUUAUGUACAUUGAGGAUAUCAACAGAUAUGAUGCUGGCAAAUACAUUUUGUCGAUUGAAAACGACAGUGGAAAGAAGUCUUACACUAUCGUCGUGAAGGUCCUAGAUACUCCUGGUCCACCACUGAAUCUGAUUGUGAAGGAAACAUCUCUGAACCAUGCAUCCAUCGGCUGGGAUCCUCCUCUGAUUGAUGGAGGAAGCCCAGUGAAGAGCUACAUUGUUGAGAAGCGUCUUGCAGAGAGAAAAGCAUGGUCCUGUGUCAUAGCCGAAUGCCCCAAAUCUACUUUCAGGAUUCCUAACUUGGAAGCUGGACAGGCCUACUGUUUCAGAGUCUUGGCUGAAAAUAACUAUGGUAUCGGAGAAGGUUGUGAGACUGCCGGAGUUGUAAGAGCUUCAGAACUACCUGGAGCAGUUAUGGAUUUCAAGGCACUGUCGAUCACUAAAGAUUCCAUUCAUAUUGGCUGGAAGAAACCAAUCAGCGAUGGUGGAAGUCACAUCAGUGCUUAUAUUCUGGAGCUUCAGGAAGGUGAAGAGAAGUAUAAGGAGCUAGUGAAAGGAAAGGUCAUGUCGCAUAUGAUGGUUGAACUUGAAGAAGGAAAGGAGUACUCUUACAGAGUGAAAGCAAUCAAUGAGUCUGGAGAGGGUCCACCUUCGGAGCUCACUGUGAUCGCUAAAGAUCAAAUUGUUCCACCUGACUGUGACCUGAGUGGCAUCCCAGAUCUGUGCUAUGUUGCCAAGGAGGGAAGCACAGUCCGUAUCAAAGUCCCUAUUGUUGGCAAACCAGCACCGUCAGCCAUCUGGAAGAAGGGACAUGUUUCUCUGGGAGACAGUGGAAGAGUGUCAGUUGAAUCUACACCAACUUUGACAACUUUGCUCAUCCGUGAUUGCCAGAGAGGUGAUGCAGAAAAUUACACAAUCCUGCUAAGAAACGCAGCAGGAGUCAAAGAAGCAAAGAUGCAGAUUAGGGUGGUUGGAAAACCAGGAAUCCCAACAGGACCGUUCAAGUUUGAUGAAAUCACUGCCGAUGGAAUCACUCUGGAGUGGGGUCCACCAAAAGAUGAUGGUGGGACUGAAAUAUCCAACUACAUUCUGGAGAAGCGGCAAUCAACAGCCAACAAGUGGGCUACUGUGGCCUCCGCUAUUCAGAAGAAUACCAUGAGAGUUACCAGGCUCCAUGAUGGUACUGAAUACAUCUUUAGAGUGUUUGCAGAAAACAAAUAUGGAGUUGGAGAAUGCCUCAAAUCUGACCCAGUGGUGGCUCAGCAUCCAUUCAAUGUGCCUGACGCACCUGCACCACCAGAGAUCGUGAGCAUUCGCCAUGAGUCUGCCAUUUUAAAUUGGACUGAUCCUAAAGAAAAUGGAGGCUCUCCAAUCACUGGCUAUCAUGUUGAAUACAAAGAGAGGAACAGCUUGAUGUGGAAGAGAGCCACUAAGACCCCUAUUAGAGUGAAGGACUGCAGAGUGACUGGACUGAUUGAAGGCCUGGAGUAUGAAUUUAGAGUUAUGGCAAUGAAUGCGGCCGGUUUAGGAAGGCCAAGCAAGGCAACAGAACCAGUCAUCGCCCUUGAUCCAAUUGAUCCUCCUGGUAAGCCUGAUGUCAUCAAUGUAACCAGAAGCACUGUAACACUUAUGUGGACUGCACCCAAGUACGACGGUGGACACAAACUGACUGGUUACCUGGUUGAGAAACUGGAACUGCCAGGAAAGACCUGGAUGAAAGCAAAUCAUAUCAAUGUCCAAGGCCUUGCAUUUACCGUGCCAGACCUUACAGAAGGCAGCAGCAUGGAAUUCAGAAUCAGAGCUAAAAAUGCAGCUGGCGCAAUCAGUGUUCCUUCAGAGCAAACUGAUACCCUUAUCUGCAAAGAUGAGUAUGAACCACCAAGCAUCACUAUCGAUCCAGACAUGAAGGAAGGUGUCUCUGUCAGAGCUGGGGACACCAUUGUAGUAUCUGCUUCCAAGAUCCUUGGCAAACCUCCACCUACAGCUGUGUGGUCCAAGGCAGGAAGAGAAUUUAAGACCUCAGAUAUUGUCCAGAUCACAAGCACUCCAACUAGUUCAACGUUGUCUAUUAAAUAUGCAAGCAGGAAGAACACUGGAGAGUACACAAUUACAGCCAGUAAUCCUUUCGGUAUCAGAGAAGAACAUGUUAAGGUCAAGGUUCUUGAUAUCCCUGGACCUCCAGGCCCCAUUGAAGCCAGCAGUGUGUCAGCUGAGAAGUGCACAUUGACAUGGUUGCCACCAGAAGAGGAUGGCGGCUGCGCUAUCAAAUCCUACACACUGGAAAAGAGAGAAACAAGCCGUCUUCUCUGGACCAAACUUGCUGAAAAUAUAUUUGAUUGCAGAUUUGUUGCAAGCAAGCUGAUCAAGGGCAAUGAGUACAUCUUCCGUGUGUCUGCAGUGAACCAGUAUGGCACUGGUGAUGGGACCCAAUCUGGCCCUGUCAAAAUGGUUGACAGCUUUGGCCCACCAGGCCCACCUGGAAUCCCAGAGAUUGACAAUGUCAGCAGAAACGCUGUUACCAUUUUCUGGAAGAGGCCAGUAAAAGAUGGUGGAAGUGAUAUUAGAGGCUAUCAGGUUGAGAGGAAAGAGAGAAGAGGAAUGAGAUGGGUGAGAGCAUCGAAGAAAACGGUCUCUGACCUACGUUACAAAGUACAAGGACUGACGGAAGGUGUUCAGUAUGAAUUCAGAGUAACAGCAGAAAACAAAGCUGGCUUUGGUGAACCCAGUGAACCAUCUACCCAUGUGAUGACAAAGGAUAUUGUGUAUCCACCAGGACCUCCCUCCAACCCAAGAAUUACUGACACCACCAAGACAACAGCCACAUUCAACUGGGGUAGACCCCACUAUGAUGGUGGCCUGGAUGUAGCAGGAUACAUUGUUGAGCACAAGAAGGAAGGACAUGACGAUUGGGUCACAGAUGUCACAAGAUUGAGAAUUACAGAAUACGUUGUGUCAAACCUGAAGGCUGGUGGGAACUACUAUUUCAGAGUCAGAGCCAUAAAUACAGAGGGAGUUGGUGAACCAGCAGUGGUUGAAGAAAUUGUUGAACUUAAGGACCGUGAGACACUUCCCGACUAUGAGCUUGAUGCUGAGUAUAGAAGAACCCUUGUUGUCAGGGUCCGUGGAUCCAUUCGUAUCUUUGUGCCAAUUAAAGGACGUCCAGUUCCUGAAGUAACCUGGAUGAAAGAUAAUGCCAUUCUUGGCAAAGGUGGCCGUGAACACAUUGAUACUACGGAGUCGUAUACUCUCCUGGUUAUCCCUGACUGCACAAGAUAUGAUGCUGGAAAAUACCUGCUGUCAUUAGAGAAUGUUGCUGGUAAGAGAGAUGGAUUUGUUAACGUCAGAGUACUGGAUUCACCAGGACCACCUGUGAACCUGAUACCACGUGAAAUCACCAAAACAAGUAUCACUAUGCAGUGGGAAAUACCCAUUAUUGAUGGUGGAUCAAAGAUCAUUAACUACGUCAUUGAGAAGCGAGAGGCCACAAGAAAGGCUUACACAGUAAUCACUACAACCUGGCAGAAAUGCUCCUUCAAAUUUGACAACUUGGAUGAAGGAUCUGAAUAUUACUUCAGAGUAUCUGCUGAAAAUGAUCUGGGCGUUGGCGAGCCAGCAGAGACACCUGAGACAAUCAGAGCAUCCCAAGCACCUACUGCCCCUGAAAAUCUGUACGUCACUGACGUGUCAGCAGACACCGCAAGCCUUGCAUGGACGAAGCCAAAACAUGAUGGUGGCAGUAGGAUUACUGGAUACGUUAUUGAAGCACAGAAGAAGGACACAGACACAUGGACCCAUGUAACAACUGUAAAAGCUCUUGACUACACAGCCACAGAUCUCAUUGAAAAUAUGGAGUAUGUGUUCCGCAUCAUGGCAGUCAACAGCUCUGGUAGAAGUGAUCCACGUGAAAGCAGACCUGCUAUCAUUAGAGAGCAAACAACAGCGCCUGCAUUUGACCUACGUGGAGUCUACCAGUCUUUGGUCAUUGCUAAGGCUGGUGAUAAUGUGAAGGUUGAAAUUCCGGUUCUGGGUCGCCCCAGACCAGCAGUUUCAUGGAAGAGAGGUGAGGACACACUUAAACAGACGCAGAGAAUCAAUACGGAUACUACUGCAACCUCAACUACUCUCCACAUCAAUGAGAUCAAGAGGAGCGAUGGUGGUCAAUAUUCGAUGACUGGCAAGAAUAUACUUGGAACAACGACAGAGACAAUUACUGUUGAGGUCCACGAUAUUCCAGGACCUCCUACUGGACCAAUUAAGCUUGAAGAAGUUUCUUGUGACUACAUUCUCUUAUCAUGGGAAGGUCCAGAGAAUGAUGGCGGUGUACCCAUUAACAAUUACAUUGUUGAGGCUAGAGAAACCACAGGCACAUCAUGGGUUGAAUUAGCAGCAACGGUUAUCCGUACAACAUUCAAGGCUGCUCGUCUCACAACAGGAAUCAUGUAUCAGUUCCGUGUUAAAGCCCAGAACAGGUACGGCAUUGGACCCUGUAUAGUGUCAGAACAAGUGGUUGCUGCUUAUCCAUUUGAUGUGCCAGGUCAACCAGGCAUUCCUGAAAUUGUCCACUUCAACAAGGAUUCUAUGACUAUUAGCUGGGAUGAACCAGCUUCCGAUGGUGGAAGCCCCAUUUUGGGAUAUCACAUUGAAAGGAAAGAGAAGAACAGUAUCCUGUGGCAGAAGAUCAGCAAAGCACUUGUAGUAGGGAACAUGUUCAAAUCAACAGGCUUGGUGGACGGAAUCGCCUAUGAGUACCGCGUUAUUGCUGAAAACAUGGCUGGUUUGAGCAGGGCAAGCAAGCAUUCUGAGACUACCUUUGCUCUGGAUCCAGUGGACCCACCUGGCCAACCAAUAGCAUUGAAUGUAACCAGACAUGAGGUGACUCUUCAGUGGACAAGACCUGAAGGUGAUGGAGGAUUCUCAAUAACUGGGUACCAAGUAGAAAAAAGAGAACUCCCAGACGGACGCUGGCUCAAGGCCAACUAUAGCAACGUCCUUGAGACAACAUUCACUGUUAGCGGUCUCACAGAGGAUGCUACUUAUGAGUUCCAUGUUAUGGCUAGAAACUCAGCUGGCGGUCUCAGUAAACCAUCUCUACCAUCAGAGGAAAUCACUUGCAGAGAUGAUGUUGAGGAGCCCAAACUUGAAGUUGAUACAAUCUAUAAUAGUACCGUGGUUGUGAAAGCGGGAGAUGUCUUCAAACUUGCUGCCAGCGUAACAGGCAGACCAAUACCAACACUGGUAUGGACCAAAGACGGGAAGGAACUUGAAGAUACAGCCAAGUUGGAAAUCAAACUCUAUGACUUUUCUACAACCUUAGUCAACAAAGAUUCUCUAAGAAGGUGCGGUGGGACAUUCACUUUAACUGCCAGCAAUCCGGGUGGUUUUGCAAAGCAUACCUUCAAUGUUAAGAUUCUUGAUAGACCUGGACCUCCAGAUGGUCCACUUGCUGUUACAGACGUCACUGCUGAGAAAUGUAUCCUCUCAUGGCUGCCACCAUCACAUGAUGGAGGUGCAAAGAUUCUGCACUACAUCAUUGAGAAACGUGAAACAAGUAGACUUGCUUGGACAAAUGUAGCAACAGACUUACAAGUUAACCGGUUUAAGGUAACCAAGUUGUUGAAGGGUAACGAGUAUAUCUUCAGAGUUAUGGCUGUCAACAUGUAUGGAACUGGGGAGCCCCUUGAAUCCGACCCAAUGGUUUCUACAAAUCCAUAUGUGCCAGCUGAUGCUCCAUCAACACCUGAGGUAACGACCAUCACAAAGAACACCAUGGUUGUUUGCUGGGAACGCCCUGAUCACGACGGUGGAAGCGACAUCUUCAACUAUGUUGUUGAAAGGAGAGACAAAACUGGUCUUCGCUGGGUUAAAUGCAACAAGAGGACUGUAACUGACCUGAGGUUCAAAGUAUCGGGGCUCACACCAGGGCAUGAAUAUGAAUUCAGAAUCAUAGCAGAAAACAAUGCUGGUUUAGGUACACCAAGUCCUUCCAGUGAAUUCUACAAGGCAGUAGACACAAUCUUCCAACCUGGACCACCUGGAAAUCAAAGAGUCUUAGACACAACCAAAUCAUCCAUUACAGUUGCCUGGAACAAACCUGUAUAUGAUGGUGGUUCUGAUAUCAUUGGAUACGUUGUAGAGACCUGUCUACCUGAGGAAGAUGAAUGGACAAUUCGGACCCCUAAGAAGGGAUUAGUUGGGACCUCAUUUACCAUCACUAACCUGGUAGAAAACCAAGAUUAUAAAAUCAACAUUUGCGCAAUUAACUGUGAAGGGGUUGGAGAGCCAGCACAAGUGCCUGGCACACCAAUUGCAGAGGACAGGCUGCUUCCUCCUGAUAUUGACCUUGGUGCAGAGCUUCGUAAGGUUGUCUGCAUUAGAGCUUGCGGCACAUUGAGACUCUUUGUACCUAUUAAAGGAAGACCAACUCCUGAUGUCAAGUGGUCCAGAGAAAAUGGAGAGCCUGUUACGAGAGCAACUAUUGACACCACAUCAUCAUUUACUGCUCUUAUGGUUGAAAAUGUUGACAGAUUUGACAGUGGAAAGUACAUGUUGACAGUGGAAAAUGCCUCAGGAAGCAAAACUGCAUAUGUGAAUGUCAGAGUGUUGGACACACCUGGAGCACCACAAAGCCUCAUAAUCAGGGAGGUCACCAGAGACUCAGUAUCACUCAUGUGGGAUGCACCCCUUAUUGAUGGUGGCUCCAGAAUUAGAAACUACGUUGUGGAGAAACGUGAAUCAACACGAAAAGCUUACUCCACAGUUUGUGCUCAAUGCGUUAAAUCUAGCUGGAAGAUUGGUGGCCUGGAGGAAGGAAACACAUAUUUCUUCAGAAUUCUGGCUGAAAAUGAAUUUGGCAUUGGACUCCCAAUAGAGACUCCUGAGGCAGUCAGAGUAUCAGAAAAACCACUUCCACCAGGCAAAGUAACCCUUGUUGAUGUCACAGGCACCAGUGUCUCUCUGUCUUGGGAAAAACCAGAUCACGAUGGUGGUAGCAGAAUCUCAGGAUAUAUUGUUGAGAUGCAUGGCAAAGACAGUGAAACUUGGACCCAGUGUGCUGUUGCAAAAAUCACACAGGCUGUUGUUCUUGGACUGACACAAGGUGAAGAAUAUAUGUUCCGUGUGUCAGCACAUAACGAAAAAGGAACCAGUGAUCCUCGUCUACUUAGUGUACCUGUGGUAGCCAAAGAUCUUGUUAUUGCGCCAGUAUUCAAGCUGCUGUUCACCACAUUCAGUGUAUUGGCAGGAGAUGAUCUCAAGAUAGAUUUGCCAUAUGCUGCUCGCCCCAAAGCAGGUGUGACCUGGCUCAAGGAUGGUGUCGCACUAAAAGAAACAACCAGAGUCAAUGCUGAUGCUACUGAUACACAUUUGCAUCUUGUGGUCAAGGAAGCCAGCAGGGAGGAUGUGGGAAAGUACACCAUCAAACUUGUAAACACAGCUGGUGAAUCAACAGUGGACAUUGCAGUUGUUGUUCUUGAUAAGCCUGGUCCUCCAACUGGCCCAAUCACUGUUGAUGAAGUCACUUCUGACAGUGUGGUACUGUCCUGGAACCCACCUACAUAUGUGGGUGGUUGUGCCAUUAACAACUAUGUAGUAGAAAAGAGGGAAACGUCCACCACAAACUGGCAGAUUGUGUCUGCAACAGUUGCAAGAACCACUAUUAAAGCAGCUCGGUUGAAGACUGGGUAUGAAUAUCAGUUCAGGAUUGCUGCUGAAAACAGAUAUGGAAAGAGUCCAGUACUUAUAUCAGAAAAUAUUGUUGCUCAAUAUCCAUUUGAUCUCCCAAGUGCACCAGGGACCCCAAUUGUACAAUCAUCUACAAAGGACAGCAUGGUUAUCGUAUGGGAGAAGCCUGGAAGUGAUGGCGGGAGCAAGAUUUUGGGAUAUCACCUCGAGAGUAAGGAGAGAAACAGCCUCCUCUGGGUUAAACAGAACAAACAACUGAUCCCAGACUUGAGGUUCAAGCUCAGUGGUCUUGAUGAAGGUAUUGAAUAUGAGUACAGAGUUUAUGCUGAAAAUAUUGUUGGCGUUGGCAAAGCAAGCAAAUUGUCAGAAAUCCGUGUUGCAAGAGACCCCUGUGACAGUCCAGGCAAGCCUGAAGCUGUCAUUGUCACAAGAGGAGCUGUCACUCUCCAAUGGACUAAGCCAGAGUUAGAUGGAGGUAGCAAAAUCACUGGCUACUUUGUGGAGAAGAAAGAGCUGCCUGAAGGGCGCUGGAUGAAGGCCAGUUUCGCCAAUGUCAUUGAGACACAAUUUAUUGUUACUGGCUUAGUUGAAGACCAGUGCUAUGAGUUCCGUGUCAUUGCAAGAAAUGCAGCAGGUGUUUACAGUCUUCCAUCUGAGAGCACUGGGUCUAUAACAGCAAAGGAUGAAGUUGAACCUCCCAAAAUAGAGAUGGACUCAAAGUACUCUUCAACAAUUGUUCUGAUGGCAGGUGAAUCGUUCAACCUUUGUGCAGAUAUUUUCGGCAAACCUGUACCCUCAGUCCAUUGGAUGAAAAACGAUGUCGAAAUAAAGGAGGCUGCACGUCUUGAGAUAAAGAACACCGCUUUUAAAGCAUCAUUGAGUGUUAAGGAGGCAAUCCGUGUUGAUGGAGGCCAAUAUCUCCUACUUUUGAAAAAUGUAGGUGGAGAGAAGUCAGUGCACAUCAAUGUCAAAGUGUUAGACAGACCUGGUCCACCUGGAGGCCCAAUUUCUAUCUAUGGAGUCACAAGUGAAAAGGCUUGUAUUGCCUGGAGACCACCAGCACAAGAUGGAGGUAGUGAUGUUUCUCAUUACAUCGUUGAGAAGAGAGAGACUAGCAGAUUGGUUUGGACUCUGGUUGAACCUAAAGUGCAGACUCUAAAUCUUAAGAUCAUAAAACUUGUUCCUGGAAAUGAGUAUGUCUUCCGAGUGAUUCCUGUGAACAAAUACGGAAUUGGUGAAGCUCUUGAAUCUGAGCCAAUGAUUUCCAGAAAUCAAUUUGUAACACCUGAUCCACCCACAGAUGUGGAAGUCUCUACCAUCACAAAAGAUUCAAUGGUGGUAACCUGGGAAAGACCUGAAAACGAUGGUGGAAAUGCCAUUUCUGGAUUUGUUAUUGAGAAGCGUGAUAAAGAAGGUGUGCGCUGGACCAGAUGCAAUAAGCGUACAGUGAGUGAGCUGCGCUUCAGAGUAGCAGGUCUUCUUGAAAACCGCAGUUAUGAGUUCCGAGUUUCAUCUGAGAAUGCUGCUGGAGUUGGUAAACCGAGUGAACCAACUAUUUACUACAAGGCAUUGGAUGCUAUCUUCACAUCAGGUCCACCAAAUAAUCCCAAAGUGACUGACACAACAAGAACAUCCGUGUCCUUGUCAUGGGGCAAACCUAUCUAUGAUGGUGGCUGUGAGAUUCAAGGAUACUUAGUGGAGGCCUGUGAAGGAGCAUCUGAUGAAUGGACAAUAUGCACUCCCCCUGCCGGAAUCACACACACUACGUUUACAGUUAGAAAACUACUUGAGAAGCAUGAGUAUAAAUUCAGGGUCUGUGCCAUAAACAAGGUUGGUGUUGGUGAGCAUGCAGAUGUCCCUGGAUCAGUUCUUCUAGAGGAGAAAUUGGAAGCACCAGAUCUUGAGCUUGACGCUGACAUGAGGAAGAUGAUUAAUGUCAGAGCUGGAAGCGCUCUUAGGUUGUUCAUUCCUGUUAGGGGACGGCCGGCUCCUGAACUGAAGUGGGGAAAAGCUGAUGGAGAACUCAAAGAGACAGCACAGAUUGACAAUACAAGCAGUUAUGCUUCACUCCUGAUUGAAAAUGUUGACAGAUUUGACACUGGCAAGUACACUGUUACUGCAGAGAAUUCCAGUGGAGUUAAAUCUGUCUUCAUCAGUGUCAGAGUACUUGAUUCACCUAGUAUGCCUGCAAAUUUCGCUAUCAAGGAGAUAACAAAGAAUUCAGUCACACUUACUUGGGAGCCACCUAUUUUGGAUGGUGGGUCUAAAAUUAAGCAAUAUCAUGUUGAGAAACGAGAAAGCACUAGGAAAGUGUAUUCCCCUGUCACAACCUGUCAUAAGAUGUCAUGGAAGAUUGAACCACUUGUGGAGGGAAGUAUCUAUUUCUUCAGAGUUCUUGCUGAAAACGAGUGGGGCAUUGGCUUACCUGCAGAGACCCCUGAACCCGUAAAGAUUUCAGAGGUACCUCAACCUCCCGGUAAAGUUACAGUUCUAGACGUGACACGGAACAGUGUCUCUCUUAAGUGGGAGAAACCAGAUCAUGAUGGAGGCAGCAGAAUAAGCCAUUAUGAGAUUGAAAUGCAAGCCAAAGAUAGUGACAAAUGGACACUAUGUGCUCAAUGUAAAUACCUUGAAACUACUGUCACUAGCUUAGCCCAAGGAGAGGAGUAUCAAUUCAGAGUAAUUGCUGUUAAUAGCAAAGGAAAGAGUGACUCUAGACUUCUGGCCAGUCCAGUAGUAGCAAAGGACCUUGUCAUUGAACCUGACAUAAGACCUAAAUUAACACAGUACAGCGUACAGGUUGGCUAUGAUCUGAAGAUUGAAGUUCCCAUUGCUGGACAUCCUAAACCAGUCAUUACAUGGACAAAGGAUGGUGCUGCCCUGAAACAAACCACAAGAGUUAAUGUUGUCGACAGUGCACGCAACACACAUAUAACCAUCAAAGAAGCAACAAAAGACGAUGGUGGAUUGUAUAGUAUUAAUAUUACCAAUAUGCUUGGAUCCAAAGAUGCCACCAUUGAAGUAAUCACACUAGAUAAACCUGGCCCACCAACAGGCCCAAUCAAGAUGGAUGACAUAAGUGCUGAAAGUAUCACACUUACCUGGGAACCACCUGCAUACACUGGUGGCUGCCCAAUUUCAAAUUACGUUGUCCAGAAAAGAGAUACAACCACAACUAACUGGGUUGUAGUCUCUGCCACUGUGGCGAGAAAUACCCUGAAAGUGACAAAUCUAAAAACAGGUGCAGAAUACCAAUUUAGGAUCUUUGCUGAAAACAGAUAUGGCAAAAGUUAUGCUAUUGAUUCUGAACCUGUCCUUGCCCAGUAUCCCUUCAAGGAGCCAGGACCACCAGGAACACCUUACGUAUCUUCAUAUACUAAGGAUUACAUGGUUGUGGAAUGGCACAAACCCAUUUCAGAUGGAGGCAGUGCCAUUUUUGGCUAUCACAUUGAGAGAAAGGAAAAGAACAGUAUCCUUUGGACAAAGAUCAAUAAAUCCCUCAUCCAAGACUGUAGAUUUAAAUCUACUCCUUUGGAGGAAGGUAUAGAAUAUGAGUUUAGAGUGUCUGCUGAGAAUAUCGUUGGCAUUGGCGCGUGCAGCAAACUCUCUGAGGGAUACGUGGCACGUGACCCAUGUGAUCCUCCUGGCACCCCAGAGGCUAUCAUUGUAACCAGGCACUCUGUGAAACUGAAGUGGACAAGACCACAGUAUGAUGGUGGCAGUCUGAUCACAGGCUUUGUGGUAGAGAAACGCGAUCUCCCAGAGGGAAGAUGGAUGAAGGCAAGUUUCACAAAUGUCAUUGAAACUGUAUUCACAGUUCUGGGUCUAACUGAGGAUUGCAAAUAUGACUUCAGAGUCAUAGCUAGGAAUGCCGCUGGAUCUAUCAGCAAGCCCUCUCAGAGCACCGGAUCCAUCACAGCAAAGGAUGAAGUUGAUCCACCAAAAUGUGAAGUUGACUCAGUGUACAGCCAGGUUGUUAUCAUCAAUGCUGGGGAAACAUUUACACUUGAGGCCGCUGUACAAGGAAAGCCAAUUCCAGCAGCUCAAUGGUUCAAGAGUGAUGUAUUAGUGGAGAACUCAGCAAGGGCUGAGAUUAUGAACUCAGAUUUCCAAGCAAAGCUUGUUGUCAAAGAUGCUAUCAGAGUGGAUGGAGGACAAUAUACGUUGCUUCUAACUAAUGUUGCUGGAGAUAAAACUGCAACGUUCAAUGUGAGAGUACUGGACAGACCUGGGCCCUCUCAGGGACCCCUCACUGUUAGCAAUGUCACAUGUGAGAAAUGUUCAUUGUCCUGGCUUCCUCCAAGAGCUGACGGUGGAAGCAGUAUUUCCCACUACGUCAUUCAAAAGAGAGAAACUAGCCGUCUUGCAUGGACUGUGGUUGCUAGUGAUUGUGGAGCUACAAUGUUCAAAGUCACAAAGCUUCUGAAGGGAAAUGAGUACAUCUUCCGUGUUAUGGCUGUAAACAAAUUUGGUACUGGUGAACCUCUUGAAUCAGUCCCAGUUAUAAUGAGAAAUCAAUUUGUUACUCCUGGACCACCUCAAGAAUUGGAAAUAGCCAAUAUUGCAAGGGAUUCCAUGACUGUGUGCUGGACUCGCCCAGAGGUUGAUGGUGGAAGUGAGAUUGCUGGUUACAUUGUUGAGAAGAGAGAUAGAGCUGGAAUCAGAUGGACAAAAUGCAACAAACGCAGAGUCACAGACCUUCGCUUCAGAGUGACAGGCCUGACAGAGGAUCAUGAAUAUGAAUUCAGAUUAUCUGCUGAGAAUGCUGCAGGAAUCGGCCAACCAACUGAACCAACUGCUUACACCAAAGCCUGUGAUCCAACGUUUGAACCUGGCGCUCCCACUAAUGCACAUGUAGUUGAUACUACCAAGAACUCCAUUACACUCGCAUGGAGUAGGCCCAUUUACGACGGUGGUGUCAAUAUCCAGGGAUAUGCUGUGGAGAUCUGCAAAGCCGAUGAGGAGGAAUGGACUCUAUGCACACCACCAACAGGAGUGAAUGCCACUACCUUCAAAAUCACCAAACUUAUCGAGCAUCAAGAAUAUAAGGUGCAGGUAUGUGCCAUCAAUAAAUUGGGUGUUGGUGAACCUGCUGAGAUUUUAGGAACUGUAAAACCAGUGGAUGCAAUGUUCGCCCCAGAGAUUGAGCUGGAUUCAGAGCUAAGGAAAGGAGUCGUUGUGCGUGCUGGAGGAUCCAUGAGGAUCAAUAUUCCAUUCAAAGGACGUCCUACUCCAGAAAUAAGCUGGUCCAAGGAUGAGGGUGACUUCACUAACAAAGUUCAAAUUGAGAAAGGCGCCGAUUUUACUCAACUGUCAGUAGACAUCUGUGACAGAAAUGAUGCUGGAAAGUACACUCUGACCCUGGAAAACAGCAGUGGUUCCAAGUCUGCAUUUGUUUCCGUCAAAGUACUUGAUACACCAGGAGCACCCGUAAACUUCACAGUGAAAGAUAUUAAGAAAAACUCUGUCAAUCUUGUUUGGGAGCCCCCACUCAUUGACGGAGGUGCGAGGGUCAAGCAUUACUUUGUUGAGAAGCGUGAAUCCACUAGGAAAGCUUAUUCCAACAUUUCAAACAAGUGUACAAGGAACAGUUUCCAUGUGGGAGAUCUCAUUGAGGGGGUUAUUUAUUACUUCAGAGUUAUGGCUGAGAAUGAAUAUGGUGUAGGCCUGGCAGCAGAAACAGCUGAGCCAGUGAAGACAUCAGAAGUCCCUCUGCCUGUAGGAAAAAUCACAUUGACUGAAGUGACUAAGACAACUGCCUCAAUGGCAUGGGAAAAACCAGACCAUGACGGUGGAAGUAGAAUAAUGGGAUACUACAUAGAAAUGCUGCCUGCAGGAUCAGAGGAAUGGAUCCUAUCCACAACCACCAAAACAUGUGAGGGAACUGUAGAAGGCCUAACUGCAGGACAAGAAUACCAGUUCAGAGUUUCAGCCUUUAAUGACAAAGGAAAGAGUGACACAAGGGUAUUAGCUGCCCCUGUCACAGCUAAAGAUCUAACUAUUGAACCAAGUUUCGUAAUGGCAUUCAACACCUUUAGUGUCCAACAUGGUGAAGAUCUGAAGAUAGAAAUACCAGUGAGAGGACGCCCAGCACCAAAAGUGGUAUGGACAAAGGAUGGACAGGCAAUUAAAGAGACAACCAGGUUGAAUGUUUCAAGAACAGCAUCAUCAACAAUCCUUGCUAUAAAAGAGGCAACCAGAGCGGAUUCUGGCAAGUACAAAAUCACAGCUACCAACAGUAUAGGAGAAAAAGUUGCAGAAAUCGGAGUGAUCAUCCUUGAUAAACCUGGCCCAGUCACAGGACCUAUAAAGAUUGAGGAAGUGAGUUCCAAUUAUGUCAACCUCGCAUGGGAACCACCUGCGUACACAGGAGGUUGUCAAAUAAACAAUUACAUUGUGGAAAAGCGUGACACAACAACCGUAGCAUGGCAGUGUGUGUCUGCUACCAUUGCAAGAACAACUAUCAAAGUUACCAAGCUGAAAACCGGUACUGAAUACCAGUUUAGGGUGUUUGCAGAAAACAGAUAUGGAAAGAGUCCGUCAUUGGACUCAGCAGCUGUUGUUGUGCAAUAUCCUUUCAGUGAACCUCUUGCACCUGGUACUCCAUUUGUGUCAUCAGUGACAAAGGAUCACAUGGUUGUUGAAUGGAAAGUACCAACCAGUGAUGGAGGUAGUCCAAUCCUUGGUUACCACCUCGAACGCAAAGAGAAGAACAGCAUUCUCUGGACGAAGUUGAACAAACUGCUCAUUCCUGACUGUCGAUUCAAAACAAAUGAACUUGAAGAGGGCAUUGAGUAUGAAUUCAAGGUCUUUGCUGAGAACAUUGCUGGCUUGAGUCCACCUAGCAAGAUUUCUGAUGUUUGUGUCGCCAGAGACCCAUGUGAUCCACCUGGUACCCCUGAGGCUAUUGAUAUUACCAGGAACCACGUUACACUGUCAUGGAAAAAGCCCCAGUAUGAUGGUGGUAGCCUGAUCACAGGCUAUGUUGUUGAAAGGAAGAAGCUCCCUGAUGCCCGUUGGAUGAAGGCUAGCUUCACAAAUGUAAUUGAGACUCAAUUCACAAUCUCAGGUCUGACUGAAGAGUGUGAGUAUGAGUUUAGAGUAAUUGCAAGGAAUGCAUCUGGUAUUUUCAGUGCUCCCUCUGAAAGCACUGGAGCUAUUACUGCUAAAGAUGAAAUUGAAGCACCAACAGCAUCAAUGGAUCCCAAAUUCAAGGACUGUAUUGUCAUCCAUGCUGGUGAAACAUUUGUUAUUGAUGCUGAUAUUUUGGGAAAACCACUCCCUGAAAUCACAUGGUUGAAAGAUGGAAAAGAAAUCGACCAAACUACCCCAAGAAUGGAGAUCAAAACAACCAUUCAACGUACUAUUCUAACAGUCAAGGAAUGUAUCAGAGUAGAUGGUGGACACUUUGUCCUGAGUCUGAGCAACGUUGGUGGAACAAAAUCUAUUCCCGUCAACGUGAAAGUCCUUGAUAGACCUGGUCCACCCGAAGGUCCAAUGAAGAUAACUGGUGUGACUUCCGAGAAAGCCUAUCUUCACUGGAGUCAUCCAUUACAUGAUGGCGGUGCCAGCUGUUCUCAUUAUAUAAUUGAGAAGAGGGAAACCAGCAGAUUGUCAUGGACUGUAGUCGAACCCAGAAUCCAAGCUGUCAGCUACAAAGUGACUAAACUCUUGCCUGGCAAUGAGUACAUCUUCAGAGUUACAGCAGUAAAUAAGUUUGGCAUUGGCGAACCUCUUGAAUCAGACCCAGUUAUUGCACGUAAUCCUUUUGUGACACCCAGUGCUCCCUCAACACCUGAAGCAAGUGCUAUUACAAGGGACUCAAUGGUCCUUACAUGGGAACGUCCAGCAGAUAAUGGUGGCUCAGAUAUUGAUGGCUAUGUCCUGGAGAAACGAGAUAAAGAGGGCAUUAGAUGGACAAAAUGUAACAAGAAAAGACUUAAUGACAUCAGGUUCAGAUGUACCGGACUCACAGAGGGACAUUCCUAUGAGUUCAGAGUGUCUGCUGAAAAUGCUGCUGGUGUGGGAGUGCCAAGUGCACCAACAGAAUACAUAAAAGCCUGUGAUGCCACAUAUCCACCUGGUCCUCCUAACAACCCUAAGGUGACAGACCACUCAAGCACAACUGUGUCACUUUCAUGGACAAGACCCAUCUAUGAUGGUGGAGCAGCCAUCAAAGGAUAUGUUGUUGAGAUGAGAGAAGAAGGAGAUGAAGAAUGGAUAACCUGUACACCGCCAACUGGUGUACAAGCAACACACUUUACUGUGAAAAAACUGAGGGAAAAUGCUGAAUACUAUUUCCGCAUCUGUGCAAUUAACAUUGAAGGAGUUGGUGAGCAUGUUGAUGUUCCAGGGUCUGUAGUUGCAUCUGAAAGACUUGAGGCCCCUGAGAUUGAACUUGAUUCAGACCUUAGGAAAAUGGUCCAAGUACGGGCAAGUGCAACACUGCGUUUGUUUGUGACAAUCAAAGGAAAACCUGAACCUGAAGUAAAGUGGUCCAAGAUGGAUGGCCCUCUUACUGAGCGUGCACAAAUUGAGGUCACAAGCUCCUACACAAUGCUCGUCAUCGACAAUGUCAAUAGAUUUGACACUGGCAAGUAUGUGUUGACUCUUGAGAACCUUAGUGGUCAAAAAUCAGCAUUCAUUAAUGUCAGGGUGUUGGACUCACCAAGUGCCCCUGAGAACUUUGAAGUCAAGGAUAUUAAGAGAGAUUCUGUAUCACUAUCCUGGGAGCCUCCUAUGAUUGACGGUGGAGCUAAGGUCACCCAUUACAUUGUGGAAAAGAGAGAUAACACAAGACUGGCAUUUACAAGUGUUUCAAAUAACUGUGUAAGAAAUUCCAUGAAGAUUGAUGACCUUAAGGAGGGCGGAAUUUACUAUUUCCGCGUCAAAGCUGUCAAUGAGCUUGGUGUGGGUUUGCCAGCAGAAACAACAGAACCAAUCAAGGUAUCCCAAGCCCCCUUGCCUCCUGGAAAAGUUACGGUUGUAGAUGUUACUCGCGACAGUGUCAGUCUCGCAUGGGAAAAGCCUGAUCAUGAUGGUGGUAGCAAAAUCACAAGCUAUACAGUAGAAAUGAAAACCAUGGGCGAUGAGAAAUGGACUGUAUGCACUGAGAUUAAAGCAUUGGAAGCAACUAUUGGUGGACUCACAACUGGUGAGGAAUAUUCAUUUAGGAUUACUGCUGUCAAUGACAAAGGCAAGAGUGAACCUAAGCCACUGGCAGACCCUGUCGUAGUAAAGGACAUUACAAUCGAACCUAUCAUCGAUCUGAUGUUCACCACAUACAGUGUCAAGGCAGGAGAUGAUCUGAAGAUUGAUGUUCCAUUCAGAGGCAGACCUGAACCUGAGGUGGCAUGGAAAAAAGAUGGAGCUGUAUUGAAGCAGACAACUAGGGUGAAUGUUCUUACAGCAAAAAAUUCAUCGAAAAUUACUAUCAAAGACGCAACCAGGGAGGACUUUGGGAAGUAUGAGAUCAAUUUAACCAACACAGUUGGCAAGAAAUCAGCGACAAUAGCUGUUAUCAUCUUGGAUAAACCUGGCCCACCAGGUGCAAUCAAGGUAGAUGAAGUGAGUGCUGACAAUAUUUCACUGUCUUGGGAUGCCCCACUCUACGAUGGAGGAUGUCAAAUCAACAACUAUGUCGUGGAGAAGAGAGAUACUACCACUACAACAUGGCAGAUAGUUUCAGCCACAGUUGCCAGAACAUCAAUUAAAGUUCCCCGCUUGACACAAGGCACUGAAUAUCAGUUCCGUAUUGCAGCUGAAAAUCGUUACGGCAAGAGCCAUGCUGUGGACUCCGCUCCAAUUGUUGCACAGUACCCCUUCGAGACACCUGGCCUUCCCACAUCCCUCCACGUUGCCCAUGCUACAAAGUCUGGCAUUUUGGUCGCAUGGGGUAAACCAGCCAGUGACGGCGGAAGUCCAAUCAUUGGUUAUCACCUGGAAAUGAAAGACCAUAGCAGUAUUCUCUGGACAAAGAUCAAUAGAGGUAUCAUUGCUGAAACAGAAUACAAAGUGAUUGGGAUUGAGGAAGGCUUACUGUAUGAGUUCCGUGUUUAUGCUCAGAAUAUUGCUGGAAUUGGACCUUGCACCAAAGCCUCUGAUCCUGUAGCUGCAAGAGAUCCUUGUGAUCCACCUGUUAACCUUGAGGUCAUUGACAUCACAAGAACUUCAGUUUCCAUUACUUGGCAGGCGCCAGAGAAUGAUGGUGGAGCCAAGGUGACUGGCUACAUUGUUGAACGCAGGGAACUUCCAGAUGGCCGUUGGCUGAAGUGCAAUUUCGCCAGUCUCCAGGACACAUACUUUGACAUUACAGGCCUUACAGAGGACGUACAAUAUGACUUCCAUGUUAUUGCAAAGAAUGCAGCUGGCUUACUCAGUGAGCCAUCACUGAGCACAGGUGCCAUCACAGUCAAGGAUGAGGUGGAUUCACCUCGCAUUGAGUUGGAAGACAGGUUUAGGCAAUUAGUAGUUGUCAAAGCUGGAGAUAUUUUGAGAAUCGAUGCAGAUAUUUCUGGGCGUCCACGCCCAGUCAUUGCAUGGACAAAGGAUGGUAAAGAAAUUGAUGCCAAGGCAAGAGUGGAGAUUACUUCAACACACAGCACCACCACAUUAAUAGUCAGAGACACUAUCAGAAGAGACACUGGCCAGUACAUUGUAACUCUACAGAACGUUGCUGGCACAAGGUCCUUGGCUGUAAACUGUAAGGUCCUUGACCGCCCUGGGCCAUCCUCUGGACCAUUGGCGGUCACUGGUCUGACAGCAGAGAAGUGCACUGUGACCUGGGGACCACCUCAAGAAAACGGUGGUGCAGAAAUCAUGCACUACAUUGUUGAGAAACGUGAAACCAGCCGCCUCGCCUGGACUUUAGUAUAUGGAGAUAUGAAAGCUACAACAUGUAAAGUCACCAAACUGCUUAAAGGAAAUGAAUACAUCUUCAGAGUAAGGGGAGUGAACAAAUAUGGAGACGGUGAAGCCCUGGAGAGUGAGCCCACCAGAGCCAAGAAUGCAUACACUGUCCCUGCAGCACCAACAGAUGUUCAAAUCACGAGUAUCACAAGUGAUGCAAUGACAAUCUGCUGGGAAAGACCAGAAUCCGAUGGAGGAAGCAGCAUUUAUGGCUAUGUUAUUGAGAAACGAGAGAAAAUAGGAUUGCGCUGGGUACGAGUGAACAAAAAGCCUGUGUAUGACCUCAGGGUCAAGGCAUCCAAUCUUCGUGAGGGAGCUGAAUAUGAGUACAGAGUCUAUGCAGAAAAUGCUGCAGGCUUGAGCCUCCCAAGUAUUCCUACCGAACUAACAAAAGCGGAGGAUCCCCAAUUCCUGCCAUCUCCACCAUCUAAACCUAAAGUUAUUGACUCCUCCAAGACUACUGUUUCUCUUUCAUGGAACAAGCCAUUGUUUGAUGGUGGUGCUCCUGUGACAGGAUACUGUGUUGAAUAUAGGAGAACAGAUGAAUAUGAUGAUGACUGGUGUGUCGGUGUUUCAAACACAAAGAACACUGAAUUCACCGUCGUUGGAUUAACUUCUGGAGCAGAAUAUAUAUUUGUUGUCAAAUCAAUCAACAAGAUUGGUCUCAGUGAGCCAAGCUCCACUACGGAUCCACAGGUGGCUAAAGAGAGAGAAGAGGAACCAGUAUUUGAUAUCAGCAAUGAAAUGCGAAAGACACUCAUUGUAAAGGACGGCAGUUCAUUCACUCUAACUGUGCCAUUCAGGGGAAAGCCCAUUCCUAAUGUUAUGUGGACCAAGGCUGCUGUUGACCUGAGAGUGAGGGCCAGUAUUGAUACUACUGAUACCUUCACAUCUAUCACAGUGGAACAAGCAACAAGAGAUGACUCUGGAAAAUAUACUGUGACUCUCCAAAACAUAGCUGGAAAGGUUGCAUGUACAUUAAAUGUAAGGGUUCUGGACUCUCCUGGCCCACCAUCUCAUGUUGGGUUCAAGGAUGUUACAAAGAGCUCUGCAACAGUUACAUGGGAUACCCCAGAUAAUGAAGGUGGCGCUGCGGUAAAGAACUACCUUGUUGAUAUUCGUGAGGCAAGCAAAAAGGGAUGGACCAGACUCACAGAUACCUGCCAUCGUCUGACCUACAAAGUAACGGACCUGGUGGAGGGAGGAGUAUACUACUUUAGAGUCAUGGGUGAAAAUGAAUAUGGAGUUGGUGUAUCAGCUGAGACCAAAGAUGGAGCAAAGAUUACAGAAAAACCCAGCCCACCAGCAUCACUUGGAGUCACCGAUAUCACCAAGGAAAGUGUUUCACUUGCUUGGGGAAAGCCCGAGCAAGACGGAGGUAGCAGAAUCACCAGUUACCAAAUCGAUGCUCUUGAGAAGGGUCAGGAUAAAUGGGUGAAUGUUGGUGUCACCAAGUUCACCCACAUUGUGGUCUAUGGUCUGACGCAAAAUGCUGAAUACUUCUUCAGAGUUCGUGCUGAAAACCACGCUGGGUUCAGUGAUGCUAAAGACAUGAUUCUGCCUGUAACAGUUAAAGACCAGCAUGAACCUCCUGAGAUCAACAUGAAGAUGUUCCCCCACAAUACCGUCUAUGUCAGAGCAGGAUCAAACCUGAAAUGUGAGAUCCCACUUACUGGCAGACCUAUGCCAAAGGUUUCUCUUUCAAAGGACAAUGUUGCACUGAAGUCAACUAUGAGAUUCAACUCUGAAGUAACUCCUGAAUACCUCAUCAUUACUCUUCGUGAGAGCAUUGCUAUUGAUUCAGGAAGGUAUGACAUCUGUGCCUCCAACACAAGUGGAACCACCAAGUCUUUUGUUAACAUUGUGGUCCUGGAUAGACCAAGCGCCCCAGUUGGUCCUGUGGAAAUGACUGACGUGACAGAAGACAGUGUGAGUCUGAAGUGGUGUCCUCCUCGUUAUGAUGGUGGAAGCACCAUUUCAAAUUACAUCAUCCUCAAACGUGAAACAACCAACGCCAACUGGACUGAGAUCUCCUCGGCCGUCGCAAGAUGCACCAUGAAAAUCAUGAAGCUUACAACAGGACUGGAGUACCAGUUCAGAAUCAGGGCUGAGAAUCGCUACGGUGUCAGUGAGCACAUUGACUCUCCAAUCGUCAGAGUAGAUCUGCCCUACACCGUCCCUGUAGCUCCAUCAGCUCCUAUGGUUACAUCUGUAACCAGAGAGAGCAUCACUGUAGCCUGGAAGGAGCCAGCCUCCAAUGGAGGAAGCCAUGUCUUUGGAUACCACCUGGAAAUAAAGGAUAGAAACAGCAUCUGUUGGCAGAAGGUUAACAAGACUGUUAUCCGUGCCACACACUACAAAGUGCCAGACAUUGCUGCCGGCCUCAUCUAUGAGUUCAGGGUUACAGCAGAAAACGCAGCUGGAUGCAGUCCGCUCAGCAAAAUCUCAGACGCAGUACUUGCAAUUGACGCUUGCGAGCCUCCAACCAAUGUCAGGAUCACUGACAUCACAAAGACUUCCAUCAGCAUCGCAUGGCAGAAGCCCAAUUAUGAUGGCGGUAGCAAGAUCACAGGAUACCUGAUUGAGAAGAAAGAGGGCCAGAAGGACAGAUGGACGAAGGCUAACUUGACCAAUGUUUCUGACACACAUUAUACUGUGACAGAACUUACUCAGGAUGAGACCUAUGAAUUCAGAAUCAUGGCAAAGAAUGCAGUUGGAUCAAUUAGCAAUCCAUCCAUCAUUGCAGGCCCUGCAACUUGCGUGGAUACAUAUGGUGCCCCUGAGAUUGAAAUUCCUGAUGAAUAUCGCGAGGUUGUGAAACACAAAGCUGGAACCACUGUCGAGCUUAGAUUUGGAAUCAUUGCCAAACCAGCACCGACAAUUGAGUGGUACAAGGACAGAAAGGAACUUGAGUCCGGUGCCCAGGCUCAACUGGUACAGAAGAACGCUGCUGAUAGUUCCACUCUUAUCAUCAGGGAUACCACACGUCUCAACUCUGGAACAUAUGAGAUGAGGCUUAAAAACUCUUUGGGCUCAGCAUAUGCCUAUGUCAGAGUACAAAUUCUUGAUAAACCAGGACCACCACCUGGCGAGAUUCAGCUCAAAAAGGUCACUGCUAACAGUAUCACCAUAAUGUGGGAUCCUCCUGAGGACGAGGGUGGCGCAAUGGUAACCCACUACAUUGUGGAGAAACGGGAGGCCAGUAGAAUUCAAUGGUCCAUUAUCUCUGAGAAUUGGGCGGAAUGUAUUGUGAAUGUCCCAAGACUGAUCAAAGGCAAUGAGUACAUCUUCAGAGUCCGAGGAGUGAACAAAUAUGGAGUUGGAGACCCACUGGAAUCUGAACCCGUAGAAGCAAAGAAUGCAUUUGUUCCUCCAAGUCAACCUUCCAAGCCUCAAGUCACCAUGAUCACACACUCCUCAAUGACGGUGGUAUGGGAAAGACCUGGAAUUGAUGGUGGAAGUGACAUUGAUGGAUAUUACCUGGAAAAACGAGAGAAGACAAGCUUGCGUUGGUUCAAGGUUAUCAAAAACACCAUUCGUGAUACAAGACAGAAAGUCAGCAACCUGCUCACUGGAAAGGACUAUCAAUAUCGUGUAUGUGCUGUCAAUAAGGCUGGAGCUGGUCCAUACUCCGAAGAGUCUGACCUCUUCAAAGCUGCUGAUGCAGUUGACCCACCAGGUGAACCAACCAAACUCAGAGUGGUCGACUCCACCAAAACAUCCAUCACCCUGGGCUGGGUGGCGCCAGUGUAUGAUGGUGGCAGCGAGAUCACCAGCUAUAUCGUUGAGCAGAUGACCUCUGAAGAAAGGGAAUGGACUGUCAUCAGCCACAACGGAGAAGUGAGGACAACAGAGUAUGUUGUGAAUCACCUGAAACCAGGAACCUAUUACUUCUUCCGUGUAUCUGCUGUCAACUGUCUGGGACCCAGUCAACCAAUCGAGAUGUACCAGCCUGUUCAAUCCAAGGAUAUUCUUGAGGAGGCCGAUCUUGAUUUGGAUGUUCCCAUGACGACUCAAUACACCGCCAAGGCAGGAAGGGAUAUCGAGGUGUUUAUUCCACUGAAGGGCAGACCUGCACCAAACUGUACAUGGAGAAGACAUGACAAGAACAUGGCCAGCGAUGCAAGAUACACUAUCACCAGCACAGAACGUACAACAGUUCUUGUCAUUCCAAAGGUCACCCGCGACGACUGUGGCAAAUACUACCUGGAGAUUGAGAACGGUGUUGGCGAGUCCAAGUUCAUCACUGUGUCUGUUAAGGUUCUUGACACCCCAUCCACUUGCCAAAAACUGAUCAUCAAGAAUGUCACCAGAGGCAAGUUGACCCUGAGCUGGGAAGCUCCUCUGAUCGAUGGUGGUUCCCCAAUCACCAACUACAUUGUGGAGAAGAAAGAUGCUAACAACAGAGCGUAUACAGUCGUGUCAUCAGAGUGCCCCAACACAUCAUACAAGAUCGACGGUCUGUCAGAUGAAAUCGCCUACUUCUUCAGAGUGUCUGCUGAGAAUGAGCAUGGUACUGGUGAUACAUGUGAGACUGCAGAGCCAGUCAGGGCCACUGAGACCCCCGGACCAGUCAAAGAGCUGGUCAUGACAGACGCUACUAAGACAUCAGUGACUCUUCACUGGACCAAGCCUGACCAUGAUGGAGGUAGCCACAUUUCGGACUAUGUCAUUGAGACGAAAACUAAAGAGGAAGAAUCCUGGACUGUUGCUACAACAUGCAAGCGUUGCACAUGUGAAGUUAAAAACCAGAAGGAAAAUUCUGUUGUGAACUUUAGGGUGUAUUCUAAGAAUGAGAAGGGCAUCAGUGACUUCUCUGAGAUUGGGCCCAUAACAGUAAAGGAGUUUAUUAUACCACCUGAGGCCAACAUGAUAGAUUAUCCGAAUGGCGAACUCUUUGUUCGUGUCGGUCAAAACAUCCAUAUUGAAAUGCCAUUUAAGGGUAAACCAAAGCCAUCUGUUGGAUGGAUGAAGGAAAACAUUCCUUUGAAAGAAAGUGAACAGAUUCGCUUCCGUGAAACAGACAACAAAGUGUCUAUAACAGUCAGAAGCGCAAAGAAAGAGAAUGCAGGCCUAUACACAUUGGUUCUGAACAACAAGCUUAUCAAGAACUUCUUUGACAUCAAUGUGAUCACUCUCGGACCCCCCUCUGUGCCAGUUGGACCGGUCCGAUUUGAUGAGGUCAAAGCACAGGGCAUCAUUAUAUCUUGGGAUGAACCACAGGACAAUGGAGGUGGAGACAUCACUUGCUACAGUGUGGAGAAACGAGAGACGGCCCAGGCUAACUGGAAGAUGGUUUGCUCCAGUGUGGUGAGGACAACGUUCAAGAUACCCAACCUGGUCAAGGGCACAGAGUACCAGUUUAGAAUACGUGCAGAGAACAAAUACGGAGUGAGCGAUCCUUUGAAUUCACCAGACGUGAUCGCCCAACACCAGUACAUGCCACCAGGUGCACCAGGAAAACCAGUCACAUACAACGUUACCAGUGACGGCAUGACUAUCCAAUGGGAAGCACCCAGCUUUGAUGGUGGCUCACCAAUCACCGGCUACCAUGUUGAGAAGAAGGACAGAAACAGCCUGCUGUGGACUAAAGUAAAUUCCAGCAUCAUCUCUGCCCGUGACUACAGAAUCAUUCAGUUGAUUGAAGGACUGGAGUAUUCCUUCAGAGUCUAUGCAGAGAAUAAUGCUGGCCUGAGUCCCGUCAGUGAACAGAGCAAACAUGCCCUCGCAAUCUCCCCAGUUGAUCCACCUGGUACUCCUAACGUCAUUGAUGUCACAAGAGAUACAGUCACUCUCAAAUGGGAUAUACCCAAGAAAGAUGGAGGAUUUAAGAUUGUGGCAUACAGUGUGGAGAGACGUCAAGGUCGAGGCAAAUGGUUGAGAUGCAACUUCACCGACAUAAGUGAUUUGCAAUUCACCAUCACAGGACUUUCGCCUGGUGAUCGCUAUGAAUUCAGAGUGAUUGCCAGAAAUGCUGUCGGUACAGUCAGUCCACCCUCACAGUCAUCGGGCUAUGUCAUGACAAAAGAUGAAAGUGUUUCUCCCGACAUUGAGUUCAGAGCCGACACUGCUCUUGUGUACAAGGCUGGUGAAAACAUCAAACUAAACUGUAGUAUCACGGGUCGACCAGUGCCGCAGGUCAUAUGGUACAAGGACGGUAAAGAGAUUGACAAGAUGAUGUUGAUUGAUAUUACCACUAACAUCGGCUCCAGCCACCUGUUCAUCAGAGAUGCUGAUCGCGACCAUCGCGGAGUGUACAUGGUGGAAGCCAAGAACAGCUCUGGAACUAAGACAGAGAGUGUCAACAUCAGAGUCUCAGAUACCCCUGGACCACCUGAGGGACCAGUGCGUUUCACUGGUAUCACUGCAGAAAAGGCAACUGUCUGGUGGAACCCCCCAGAGAACGAUGGAUGUGCUGCAAUCCUCUGUUAUACAGUGGAAAAGAGAGAAACAUCUAGGAUCUCCUGGGCAAUGAUGACAAGCAAGUGUGAAGCUUGUUCAUUCAACGCCACCAAGCUGAUCAAGGGCAACGAGUACCAGUUCCGUAUCUCUGCUGUCAAUAAGUUCGGAGUUGGACGUCCUCUCGACUCUGAUCCAUUCAUUGCACAGAUGCAAUUCACCGUUCCAGAAGCCCCAGGAACACCAGACGCCACAAAUGUGACUGGAGACACCAUCACAAUAGGCUGGACAAGACCCAGAUCAGAUGGUGGAAAUGAGAUCAAACACUACAUCCUGGAGAGACGUGAGAAGAAGAGCUUGCAAUGGGUGAAGGUUUCAUCCAAGAGACCAAUCACUGAGCUCAGACACAGAGUGACACACCUGAACGAAGGUAAUGAAUAUGAAUUCCGUGUCAUGGCUGAAAACGGUGCCGGAAUCGGACCAGCAAGCAGCACAUCAAGACUCUUUAAGUGCAGAGAGCCUACAAGCGCACCAAGUGCUCCUUCUCUGGUGAAGGUCACCGACUCCACAAAGUCGUCUGUCACCCUGGAAUGGAUCAAGCCUGUGUUUGACGGUGGUAUGGAGAUCAUUGGCUACGUCAUUGAGAUGUGCAAGGCAAGCCUUAAUGAAUGGCACCAAGUCAACAGAGCAACUUGCAUCAACACAAGAUACACCGCUAAAGGUUUAACGGCUGGAGAGGAAUAUAGGUUCCGUGUGCGUGCAGUGAAUGGGUCUGGAAAAGGAGAAGCAUGUGCAGUUCCUAAUCCAGUGCAAGCUGUUGAUAGACUGACGUCACCAGAAAUCACCCUUGAUGCAGACUUCAAACAGACACACGUUGUGAAGAACGGGGCCACCGUCACUCUUCAUAUUGCCUUCUGUGGUAAACCAACUCCGCUGGCUACAUGGACCAAGGCAGGUGGUGAACUUGGUGUUAUGGCAGAUGUCAACACAACUGACACAUACAGUACCUUGACCAUUGAGAGCUGUACCAGAUUUGACUCUGGAAAAUACACCUUGUUGCUUGAGAACAACGGGGGCCGAAAAUCUAUCACAUUGACCGUGAAGGUGCUUGAUACACCUGGACCUCCAGGAGCUAUCAGCUUUAAGGAUGUGACCAGGGGAGCUCUGACAAUGCUGUGGGACGCUCCAGCCAACGACGGUGGAGCCCGUAUUCAGCACUACAUCGUAGAAAAGCGUGAGGCUAGUCGUCUCAGCUGGAAGUCAGUCAGCGAAAAAUCCUCACGCCAAAUGAUCAGAAUGACCAACCUAGAAAUAGGUGUACCUUACCUGUUCAGAGUCAUCGCUGAAAAUACAUAUGGCAGGGGAGAACCCUGUGAGAUGAUUGAACCGAUCACUGCAACUGAGGUCCCUGCUCCACCCAAGAGUCUUGACGUUAUUGACACUACUAAUUCUACUGCUAUCUUGGCCUGGCUGAAACCUGAACACGACGGUGGCAGCCGCAUCACAGGUUACAUUGCUGAGGCCAAAGCAAAGGGCUCUGAUCGCUGGAUUGUUGGCGGUCAAACCAAACACCUAAAGUUAGUCAUUGACGGCUUGAUUGAGAACACAGAAUAUGACUUCCGCGUCAAGGCUAUCAAUGAGGCUGGUAUCAGUGUCCCAAGAGAUGCCUUAGCAUCCGUUGUCAUCAAGGAGCCCAAGAUUGAGCCCACAGCAGAUCUCAGUGGCAUAAAUAACCAGCUCAUCACAUGCAAGACUCACAAUGCAUUCACCAUUGAUAUCCCCAUCAGUGGCAGACCAGCUCCAAAAGCCACCUGGAAACUGGAGGAGAUGAAGCUAAAAGAGACUGAUAGAGUGAUCAUCAAGACUACUACAGAAAGAACCACCCUGGUGGUAAAAGACAGCAAGAGAGGAGACAGUGGAAAAUACUACCUCACUCUGGACAAUGCCGCCGGAGCAAAGACAUUUGCUGUUACUGUCAACGUUGUUGGAAGACCCACUCCACCAGUAGGACCCAUUGAAAUCUCUGAAGUGUCAUCAGAGGGCUGCUCAUUGGCUUGGACAGCACCAGAGGAUGACGGUGGAACAGAUAUCGACAACUACAUUAUUGAGAAACGUGAAUCUGGAUCUACAUCCUGGCAAGUGGUGAACUCAAGUUGUAAACGCACCACGAUCAAAGUAAGCCAUCUGACCAAAUACAUGGAGUACACCUUCCGUGUCUCUGCUGAGAGCAAGUAUGGCGUCAGCAAGUCCAUUGAGUCUUCAGCUGUUGUCAUUGAGCAUCCAUUUGUUCCACCAAGUCCACCAACUCGCCCAGAUGUGGUGUCAGUAUCUGCUACGGCUAUUGGCAUCAAGUGGGAUCUGCCAUACGCUGAUGGCGGCAGUAAGGUGACUGGAUACUGGAUAGAGAAGAAGGAGAGAAACACCAUUCUUUGGGUCAGGGAGAACAAACUUCCAUGCCUGGAUACCCAAUACAAAGUCUCUAGUCUCAUUGAAGGCCUGGAGUACCAGUUCAGAGUUUAUGCUAUGAAUAUUUCUGGUCUCAGCAAAGCCAGUGAGGCCUCAAGACCAGUAGUGGCUUUGAACCCAGUCGAUCCUCCUGUUAAACCUGAGGUGACUGAUGUCACAAGGUCCUCAGUAACUAUUGCAUGGGGUAUACCAUUCAAUGAUGGGGGCAGCAAGAUUGUCGGAUACAUCGUGGAGCGCAAGCCGUGGAGUGAUGAUGAGUGGGAUAACGCCCGCUGGUUGAAAUGUAACUACACCACCAUCACAGAGACUCACUUCACAGUUGGAGGACUGGGUGAAGCAGAAAUCUUUGAAUUCCGUGUCAUUGCCAAAAAUGGAGCUGGAGUUCACAGUGCACCAUCUGAAACAACAGGACCGAUCACCUGCAAGGACGAAUACACUCCUCCCAAGGCUGAACUUAACAGCUCUCUUGUUGGAGAGCAUGUCACUAUCCGGGCUGGAUCAGACCUGGUCCUUGAUGGUGUAAUUGGUGGUAAACCCGAACCCAUAGUAUGGUGGGCCAAAGGUGACAAGGUGCUGGAGCUGGGAGAGAAAUACUCCCUGACAUACACCAGUUCAAGAGCCAUGGCCAUCAUCAAGUCCUGCAACAGAAACGACACAGGAAGAUACGUUCUGACCGUGAAGAACGCCAGUGGAACCAAGACAGCGUCUGUCAACGUUAAAGUACUCGAUACACCAGGGCCUCCUGAGGAAAAGGUCACAAUCACCAGGGUGACAGAGGAGAAGUGCACUGUGUCUUGGAAGAUCCCUCUGGAGGACGGUGGAGAUCUUGUCACUCAUUACAUUGUUGAUAGACGUGAGACCAGCAGACUCAACUGGGUGAUCAUGGAGACCGAGUGCAAGACUCUGUCCUGUGUCAGCUCCAAACUGAUCAAGAAUAACGAGUACGUCUUCCGUGUCAGAGGAGUAAACAAGUUCGGACCUGGUGUGCCUUUGGAGUCCGAGCCUGUUAUCGCCAGAAACGCAUACACUGUCCCAUCUCAACCUGGAGCACCAGAAGUCACGGCUGUAGGAAAGGAGCACGUCAUCAUUGAAUGGAUGAAACCUGAAAGUGAUGGCGGAAGUGAGAUCAAGAAUUACCUGGUGGACAAACGUGAGAAGAGCAGUUCCAGAUGGACCAGGGUCAAUAAGACCUUUACCAUCUAUGACAUCCGCCUGAAGAUCUCUGGUUUGCUGGAAGGCAGUGACUACCAGUUCCGUGUUACAGCUGUGAAUACAGCUGGAAACAGCCAGCCCAGUGAAGCCUCUCACUAUGCCUACUGUAGAGAGCCAACAUACACUCCAGCCCCUCCUUCAAUUCCACGAGUGGUAGAUUCCACCAAGCAUAGCAUUAGCUUGCAAUGGACCAGACCCAUGUAUGAUGGUGGCGCUGAUGUUGUUGGCUACGUGGUGGAGGUGCUUGAGGAAGGAACCGAGCAGUGGUACAGGGCCACUCAGAAGACUUUAAAGACCAAUGCGUUUGUUGCCACUGGACUUCAAAGCAACAAGAAGUACAGUUUCCGUGUCGCAGGAGUCAAUAGCAAUGGCACUGGGGAAUUCAGCGAACCUAGUGUGGAAAUUGAGCCUGUUGAGAAACUCUCAAUCCCUGAUCUUGAGCUCCCUGAUGAUCUGAAGAAGAUUGUGUGUCUGCGAGCUGGUAACACUCUUAGGCUGUUCGUCAAUGUGGCUGGAAGACCGGCUCCUGUACUGACCUGGAGGAAACCUGGCAUUGAUCUGCAGAGCCGUGGAUUCAUUGAUACAACUGAUAGUUAUACUCAACUAAUCGUUGAGAAGGUCCAUCGUUACGAUGCCGGCAAAUACACCAUUGAGGCUGAAAAUCCAUCUGGCAAGAAGUCAGCAACUAUUCUCGUCAAGGUUUAUGACACUCCUGGACCACCCGGUUCAGUUAGAGUCAAAGACUACACAAAGGAGUCUGUCGUCAUUACAUGGGACGUACCAUCUAUUGACGGUGGAGCCCCUGUGAACAACUACAUCAUUGAGAAACGUGAAGCUUCAAUGAAAUCCUACAAAACAGUUACAACAGAAUGCAGGAAGACCUUGUUCAGAAUUACUGGCCUGGAGGAAUCAGUACACUACUUCUUCAGAGUGUUACCAGAGAACAUAUAUGGUGUUGGAGAACCAUGUGAAACCCCUGAAUCAGUGUUGAUUUGUGAAGUACCCAGCCUUCCUCAGGAUCUGCACAUUGUGGAUAUUGGAAAGUCCUCUGCCAUACUUAACUGGGAGAAACCUCUUCAUGAUGGUGGAAGCAGACUGACGGGCUACGUCAUUGAAGCUAACAUCGUUGGAUCAGACAGAUGGAGUGCAGUGGCCACCGUUAAACAGUCCAUGUCCCAGCACACCGUCACUGGUCUGACAGAGAAGGAGACUUAUCUCUUCAGAAUCAGAGCUACCAACACCAGAGGAGUUAGCGAACCUAGGGAGAUUACAGGACCUGUGGUCAUUCAGGAACAACUACUGGCACCCUAUAUUGAUCUGGCCGGCAUUCCACAGAAGGUUGUCCAUGUGCCAGCCGGCAAACCAAUCGACCUCAAUAUUCCUAUAAAGGCCAGACCUGCUCCAGUUUGCACCUGGUCCUUCAAUGGUGCUAAAAUGAAGGAUAGUCUUGACCGGGUUAAGAUUGUGUCAAAUGGAAAAUACACCAAACUGACUGUCCGUGAGACAACCAUUGAUGACACUGGUAGCUACACUCUUCAAGUAAAGAAUUCUGUAGGAACUGCGACAGAGAUACUUAAAAUUAUCAUUCUUGAUAAACCUGGAAUACCUAUUGGACCGAUCACAGUUGAUGCCGUUGAUGCCACAUCUGUAACAGUCAGCUGGGAGCCACCAGAAAAGGAUGGCGGCUCCAACGUUAGUGGCUAUGUUGUUGAGCAGCGUGACGCUCACCGCCCCGGAUGGCUGCCAGUGUCCGAAUCUGUCACAAGACCCACAUUCAAGUUCACCAGAUUGUCUGAGGGAACUGAAUACGUGUUCCGUGUGGCUGCAACAAACCGCUUUGGCAUUGGGGGAUUCUUGCAGUCUGAAGUUGUUGAAUGCAAGAGUCUCAAGACCGUACCCAGUGCACCAAACCGACCUGAUGUACUGGAUGUGACUCAUGAGGGAAUGACCAUCACAUGGCAGCCACCAGAAGAAGAUGGAGGCUCCCAAGUGUCUGGAUAUAUAAUUGAGCGCAAGGAGGUCAGAUCUGAAAGGUGGAUGAGCAUCGUUAAGAACCCAGUCACCAUGACCAGAUACAGAUCAUCAGGUCUGUGCGAAGGCAAUGAGUAUGAGUACCGCGUGAUCGCCCUCAACUCCAGAGGCUCGAGCAAACCCAGUAUGGCAUCUAAACCAGCUAUCGCCAUGGAUCCCAUCGAGCCUCCUAGUGCACCACAGUUCCCCAUGGUCACAGACACAACCAGGACGUCUGUGUCUCUAGCCUGGAGUCCUCCAGAGGAAGAGGGUGGUUCUGUCAUCACUGGUUACCUGAUUGAGAUGCAGAAGGUGGAUCAGGUGGAAUGGACCAUGUGCAACACAACACCCAUAAAGAUCUGUGAAUACACUCUGACGCACAUGCCUCAGGGAGCUGAGUACAAGUUCCGUGUGAUGGCCUGCAACGCUGGUGGACCCGGAGAGCCAGUCGAGAUCCCAGGAAUCGUCAAGGUUACAGAAAUGCUUGACUAUCCCGAUUAUGAACUGGACCUCAAAUAUGAGGAAGGCUAUGUGGUCAGACAGGGAGGGGUCAUCAGGCUGUCUGUGCCCAUCAAGGGUAAACCAGUCCCUAUUUGCAAGUGGACAAAGGAAGGCCGAGAUAUCUCUCACAGAGCUAUGAUUGCCACCAAUGAUGAUAUCACUGAACUUGUGAUCAAAGAAGCCCACAGAGAUGACACUGGCACAUAUGACCUGGUCCUGGAGAACAAAUGUGGCAGGAAGGCUGUCUACAUCAAUGUUAAAGUGAUUGGACGUCCAGACGCACCGGAAGGUCCCCUUGAGUUUGAUGAUAUCCAGGCUCGCUCUGUAAGAGUCAGCUGGAGACCUCCCUCUGAAGACGGUGGCUCUGAUAUCCUGGGUUACAUCGUUGAAAGGCGAGAGGUAUCAAAGGUAGCAUGGUACACUGUGGACUCAAGAGUGGUGGACACAGCUCUGGUGGUCAAGGGGCUGAAGGAGAAUGUUGAAUACCAUUUCAAGAUCACUGCUGAAAACCAGUUUGGUGUGAGCAGAUCUCUCAAAUCAGAUGAAUGUGUCACUCCAAAGACACCGCUGUCUCCACCAGAACCUCCAAUCAACCCACCAGAAGUUAUGGAUGUCACAAAGAGCACUGUUGCUCUAUCUUGGGGCAGACCAAAAGAUGAUGGUGGCGCCCGCAUUACAGGAUACUACGUUGAGAGGAGAGAGGUGUCCACAGAGAAGUGGGUGCGUCACAACAAGACACACAUCACCACUACAAUGUACACUCUCACUGGACUCAUCCCUGACGCUGAAUAUCUGUUCCGUGUCGUGGCACAAAACGACAUCGGUCAGAGUGAACCUGGACCAGUAUCUGAAAAUGUUAUAUGCAAAGAUCCAUUCGACAAACCCAGUCAACCAGGUGAGAUUGAUAUAAUCUCCGUUGCCAAAGACUGCAUCACUAUUCACUGGCUGCGCCCAGAAUGCGAUGGUGGCAAAGAGAUCCUGGGUUACUGGAUUGAGUUCAGACAGGCAGGUGAAAGUGCCUGGAAGAAAUGCAACAAGGAGCGUUCCAAGGACAGACAGUUCACCAUGGGUGGUCUGAUGGAGGCUACAGAGUACGAGUUCAGAAUCCUUGCAGAAAAUGAAACAGGAAUGAGUAGACCUCGCAGGACCGCCAUGGGCAUCAAGACUAAACUGAGCUUGGGAGAGGCUCCUAGUCUCAAGGAAGACAUGGCAGAUGUCAUCACAAAACUUGGUGAAUCAGGAACUCUGACAUGCCAGAUUAUUGGACGUCCCCUUCCUGACAUCAGAUGGUACAGAUAUGGCAAGGAGCUGAUCCAGAGCCGCAAGUACAAGAUGAGUUCUGAUGGUCGCAACCAUUCACUGACAGUGGCCACAGAUGAACAGGAAGAUGAGGGCAUAUACACUUGCAGAGCCGCCAAUGAAGCCGGUGAAACAGAGUCCAGCGGCAAGCUGCGCUUGCAGGCCGCACCUGCUUUCCACCCUGGAUUCCCAUUGAAGGAGAAAUACACUGCAGGGUGUGGAACAAGUCUUCGUCUCCAUGUUGUCUACAUUGGCCGUCCAAUUCCACAAAUCAUGUGGUUCUAUGCAAAGAAGCCGCUUAACGCGUCUGAAAACGUGAUAAUUGAAAACACUGAGAGUUACACUCAUCUGGUUAUAAGGAAUGUACAGCGCAAAACAAAUGCUGGAAGAUACAAGGUGCAAUUGACCAACAAAUUUGGAACUGUUGAAACCACACUCAAGGUUGAAAUUCAAGAUAAACCUACCAAACCUGAGGGACCUAUUGUUGUUGAUGCUGUGUUGAAGAGUGCAGUGAUCAUCAGCUGGAAACCACCAAAGGAUGAUGGCGGAUCAAUGAUCACCAACUACAUUGUGGAAAAACGAGAAGCAAAGGAAGGCGAGGAGUGGCAUCUGGUCUCAUCGUCAGUCUCAGGAAACACUUGCAGGAUUCAAAAUCUGAUUGAAAGUGCUGGAUACUACUUCCGUGUUUCUGCUCAGAACCAAUAUGGAGUCAGUGAGGCACUUGAAGUUCCUGGUGUUCUCAUUAUCAAAAGUCCAUUCGAAAAACCUGGAAUUCCCGUGCAGCCUGUUGUCACAGAAGUGACCAACGAUUCUUGUCUUGUGUUCUGGAAACCACCAAAAGACGAUGGAGGUGCAAAGAUAAAGAACUAUUUCCUUGAAAAACGAGAGAAGAAACAGAACAAAUGGAUCACUUGUACAUCCAAUGAAAUCCAUGAGACUCAUUUCGCUGUAAAAGGCCUUCUUGAGGGCUUUGAGUAUGAGUUCCGUGUGAAAUGUGAAAACAUGGGUGGUGAAAGUGAUUGGAGUGAGGUGUCAGAGGCCAUCAUUCCCAAAUCAGGUCUCACAAUGAAACCUCCUGUCUUCAGAGAAGAAAUGAGACCAGAAAUGAUUGUGAAGUUUAGAUCCAAUGCUACAUUUGUCACCAAAAUUGUUGGACAUCCCAUCCCUGCUGUGAAAUGGUAUAGGAAUGGCAAAGAAAUUGUUGCAGAUGGUACCAAACUCAAAUUGCAAGAAUUCAAGGGAGGUUAUUACCAACUUGUUAUUGCUAAUGCCGAGGACAGCGACGCAGGUGUCUAUCAAGUCAGGGCAACAAACCAAGGAGGAUCCAUCUCUACAACAGUGAAUCUGACUGUUGAAGUUCCUGCCAAGAUCCACCUACCUCAAGAACUGCAAGGCAUGGGAGCAGUUCAUGCUGUAAAGGGUGAAGUGGUUACCAUUAAGAUUCCAAUCAGUGGCAAGCCUGACCCUCAAAUACAAUGGCAGAAGGGACCAGAGAUCAUGGGAUCAUCUGCUCACACUCAAGUGAUUGUCACAAGAUCAUUUACUUCACUCGUCUUCCCCAAAGGAGUUCAGAAGAAGGAUACAGGUUACUAUGUAAUCACUGCCAAGAACAGAUUCGGAGUUGACAAACAGACCAUUGAAGUUGCCGUGGCAGAUGUACCAGAUCCUCCUAAGGGCAUUAAAGUCAGUGAAAUCACUAGAGAUUCCAUCACUCUAACCUGGAGUCCUCCAGAAAAAGAUGGCGGAAGCCCUAUCAUUAACUACAUUAUUCAGAAGUGCCCCACAUCAGGUGACAGGUGGAUCCGCGCAGGCCAAACCAACGAGCCUAAAUACACCAUGAUCGCUCUGUUUGGCAAGACGAAAUACCAGUUCCGUGUCAUUGCGGAGAACCAGUUUGGUCUGAGCGAUCAUUCUGAACCAACUGAGCCUGUUACAACAAUAGAAGAUAAAUCCGUUAUCAGAAACUACGAUGAAGAAGUUGAUGAAGCUAGAGAAAUCACCAAAGAAGAGGCACCACAUUCAUCAAAGAUCAAGAUGGUGGCUGCACAGUACACAAUUUCUGAAGAGCUGGCACGUGCCGGAACAUUUGGCGUUGUUCAUCGCUGUGUUGAAAACAAGUCCAAGAAGACAUUCAUGGCCAAGUUUAUCAAGAUCAAAGGUACUGAUCAGGAGCUAGUUACUAGGGAAAUUGAGACACUCAAUCUCUCUAAACACAAGAACUUCAUAUACUUACAUGAGUCUUUUGACAGUUUGGAAGAAAUGGUCUUGAUCUAUGAGUUCAUCUCAGGUGUAGACAUCUUUGAACGACUUGGCACAGGCAACUUUGAGCUCUCAGAACUGGAGAUUGUUAGAUACCUGAGACAGGUGUGCUCAGCUCUGAAGUUCUUGCACAAACUCAACUAUGCUCAUUUUGAAAUCAAACCUGACAACAUUGUCUACACCACAAGAAAGAGCACAAAUAUCAAAAUUAUUGAAAUGGGCCAGGCUAGAUUACUGACUCCUGGAGAAAAUAUCAGAAUCAAUUUCACUGCACCAGAGUAUUGUGCACCUGAAGUCCACCGUCAUGGACUUGUCAGCACUGCAACUGACAUGUGGUCAGUUGGUGUACUAACAUAUGUGCUCCUUAGUGGACUUAACCCCUUUGCAGCAGAAUCAACCACAAAAAUGAUUGAGAAUAUCUCAAAUGCAGAGUACAUCUUCGACAGUGAAGCUUUCAAAGAGACCAGCCUCGAAGGUAUGGACUUCUGUGACAGACUUCUGUGUAAAGACCUGAAGAAACGUAUGACUGCUCAUGAAGCUCUGGAACAUCCUUGGCUUAGAUUGAAGCUGGAGCACCUCAGCAAAAAAACUAUCAAGACAUUGAGACACAGAAGAUACUACCAGACGUUGGUGAAGAAAGAGAGAGAGACAAUUGUCUCAUCAGCUCGCGUUGCUUUCGGUGGUGGCUUCAGAAGUUACAGAGGUUAUGCAGUUGGCAAAGUCAAGAUUGCGCACCCUACAGAAGGUCUGAGAGCCGGUCCAGUCAUGCAUGGAUCUUCAGAGGAGGGUGGACAUGUCAGAUUUGUUUGCAACAUUGAACAUUAUGAUGAAACCACAAAAGCAACUUGGUACUUUGGCACCCGCCAGUUAACAGCAAGUCACAAAUAUGAAAUCAGCUACAUCAAUGGAGUUGCUAGCAUCUACGUCAAGGAAAUUGAAACAUCUGACGAUGGUGUCUACAGAUGCAAAGUCAUCAGUCAGGACGGUGAAGAUAAUGCCUAUGGAGAACUCUUUGUUGAAACUGUGAGAUGCUACCGUGAACACUUCAUUGGACGCUCACUCACAAAGAAGAGGAAGCUUGAUAAGCAAAGACUUAUGCAGAGACCACCAGACUUCACUCUGCCUCUGUACAACCGCGCUGCUUACAUCGGUGAAGAUGUUCGUUUUGGUGUAACCAUAACAGUGCACCCAGAGCCAACAGUAACAUGGUUGAAGGCUGGACAGAAAAUCAAACGAGAUGAUAAGAAGUACACUUUCAUUAGUGACAAGGGUCUUUAUCAAUUGAUGAUCCACAAUCUUGACCUUGAUGACAAUGCUGAAUAUACUGUUAUGGCCCACAACAAGUUUGGUGAAGACAGUUGCACAGCACGUCUUACAGUCACACCUCACCCUGUUAGUGAAGACACCAUGAGGCCAAUGUUCAAACGGCUGUUGGCUAACGUGGAGUGUGUAGAGGGCCAUAGUGUCCACUUUGACUUGAGAGUCUCGGGAACACCUGCACCAAUCUUGAAGUGGGAGAAGGAUGGCAGGCCACUGGAAUUCAACCAACAAAUCACAGUUGUUCAAGAGGAUGUAGACUAUCACGUUCUGCAUGUCAGAGAAACUCUUGUUGAGGAUUCAGGUCUUUACAAAGUUACCGCAACAAACUGUGUUGGAUCAGUGAGUUGCCAGGCUACACUGAAGGUGGACCGCAUUACAUACAAGAGGAGAGAAUAUAAGAGUGAGGUGGAACAACAGAAAUAUGUUCAACAACAAAUUGACAAGACACUGAAAAUGGCGCAACGCCUUUCCACCACUGAAGUUACUGGACUCAACCCAGCGGCUCAAGAGGCUUUGAAACACGCUGCAGACAUAUACAAGCCGGCAGUGAGCACCAAACACUGUGAAGGCGAAUUUGAUAUCACAGAAGAAAAACCAUUUGUACAUAUCGAGGAAAGGAAACUUCGCAUGCCAUAUGAAAUUCCUGAGUCACGUGUCCAUGAUGCAAGUGCUCUGGAUGAAGACCUGUUGAUUAAACACUUUGUACCUUUGUCUGACAUGAAGUGGUACAAGAAACUUAGAGAUCAGUAUGAAAUGCCUGAGCGGAUGGAGAAGAUUGUACAGAAGAGACAGAAACGAAUUCGUCUCUCCAGGUGGGAGCAAUUCUAUGUCAUGCCCCUUCCUAGAAUUACUGACCAGUACAGGCCAAGAUGGCGUAUCCCGAAGCUCACGCAAGAUGACUUGGAAACAGUAAGACCAGCAAGACGGUCACCUUCUUUUGGAUCCGAGGCAUCCUUCAGGUCAAGAAGAUGCUCCCUUUGUGAUAUGAGUGAUGAAGAGCUUCUGCAGCCCAUUGAUGAUUACCUGUCAAUGAAGAAAACUGAACAAGAAAGGCUCCAACUUGAGGAGGAGCUUGAACUUGGCUUCUCUGCCUCCCCACAAGGCAGCCCUGUCCGGUUCGAGUUGUCUGCUCUGCGUCAUAAAGAAAGUAAACAUUUAGCAAGAAGAGAAGAAUCACAAGUAACCGAGCACAAGAUCAAGAGAACAAAAGUUUCACAGUUCUUGAGGAGGAGAAGAUCACUGUCUCCUACAUACAUUGAGCUGAUGCGCCCUGUUUCUGAGCUUAUAAGAACGCCUCGCCCACGUCCUCUGGAGCCAGAGGAGAUCAUCAAAAGGAGAUCCCCCACCCCUGAGAGGACGCGUCCACGCUCCCCCAGCCCCCCAGCUUCAGCUGAGAGAUCCUCCCGCUCAUCCUCAAGAUUUGAGAGGUCAGCCAGAUUUGACAUCAUGUCCAGAUACGAGUCAAGAAAGGCUGCACUGAAAUCUGAGCGCAAGUACCAGACGGUGACCCAAACACCCUUUAGCCUCGACCACGCCCCACGUGUGACUGUGAGAAUGCGUUCCCAUCGUGUCCCAUGUGGUCAGAAUACGAAGUUCACUCUGAAUGUCCAAGCUAAGCCUGUUGCUGAGAUCCAGUGGUUUCAUAACGGACAACUGAUUCAAGAAAGUGAGAAGUUACGCUUCACAAACAUGAGUGGAGUGCUGUCUAUACAGAUCUGUGAUUGUCAGGCAGAGGACAGUGGCACGUAUCGUGCUGUUUGUUCAAACUCAAAGGGAGAAGCGUCCGACUAUGGUAUCCUUGAUGUUUCUGGAGGUGAAUUCUCCACAUAUACAUCACGUCGUAAAGAUGAGGAUGCUCCACAGCCAUUUGUUCCUGAUAUCACAAAGACAGACCAUUACCACAUAUCAUCCUUCAAGGCAGCUUCCUCCUCAGCAACACAUAUGGAAGUGAAAGAAAGUAAAUCAAAGUUAACUGAAUCACGUGAAACAUAUGACAGAUAUGAUUCAUCUGAACGAUUUAUUUCUGCAUCUGAAAAAUAUGCCGCAUCCGCGAAGUAUGCAUCAACUGAAUACUUAUCAUCUGCAGCAUCCUUAUCAUCAGCAUCAUCUGAUAAGUUUCGAUUGACUGAAAGAUACGUGUCGGGUGAAAGACAUGCAUCGUCUGAAAGAUCUGAAGCAUAUUCUUCAACUGAAACAAAAAUGAGGGCUAUGGAGGCGUCAGAAAUUGAGCAAGUGACUGUUCAUAAAGUUAAGUCAACUCUGGCAGCCAGAAUACUGACUAAACCACAGUCUGCAACAGUCAAUGAAGGAGAGACUGCUCGAUUCACUUGCGACAUUGAUGGCGAACCAGCACCAAGUGUUACAUGGUUGCAUGAGGGACGAGUAAUUGUAUCCUCUCAUCGUCUUAUGGUAUCUACCACGCAGUACAAGUCUACGUUUGAAAUUUCCUCUGUACAAUCGUCUGAUGAAGGCAGCUACACACUGCUGGUUGAGAAUGCUGAGGGCAGACAAGAGACUCAGUUUAGUCUGACCAUUUUCCGAGCAAUUGUCGAAGAGGAGGUUUUUGUCUCAAUAAAGUCACCAGAGCCUGGAUUCAAGACUCCUGAACGAGUAGCUUCACCUACCAGUGUUCCCCAAACCCCAACCCCAUUAAUCAAGUCUCCUGAACCAAUCACCUCACCUCCUAGGGUGAAGUCCCCUCCUCCUGUCAAGCCUCAUGAACCAAUCACCUCGCCUCCAAGGGUGAAGUCCCCUCCACCAGUCAAGUCUCCUGAACCAAUCACCUCGCCUCCAAAGGUGAAGUCCCCUCCUCCUGUCAAGUCUCAUGAACCAAUCACCUCGCCUCCAAGGGUGAAGUCCCCUCCCCCAGUCAAGUCUCCUGAACCAAUCACCUCGCCUCCAAGACUGAGGUCCCCUCCUCCUGUCAAGUCUCCUGAACCAAUCUCCUCCCCUCUAAGGGUGAAGUCGCCUCCUCCAGUCAAGUCUCCUGAGCCAAUCAUGUUGCCUAAGGGAGUGAAAUCACCUCCCAGAGUCAAGUCUCCUGAACCAGUUGUCUCGCCUCCAAGGGUGAAAUCCCCUCCCCCAGCCAAGUCUCCUGAACCAAUCGCUUCACCAAAGGUAGUGAAACCACCUCCCCAAGUCAAGUCUCCCGAACCAAAGGGUGUGAAGUCACCUCCUCAAGUAAAAUCUCCUGAACCAAAAGGAGUGAAGUCACCUCCUCAAGUCAAAUCUCCUGAACCAAAAGGAGUAAAGUCACCUCCCCAAGUCAAGUCUCCUGAACCAAAAGGAGUGAAGUCACCUCCCCAAGUCACCUCACCUAAGAGAGUAAAAUCUCCACUAACAGUGAAAUCCCCAACUCCUAAAGCUCCAAGGAUUAUCCACCAACUCACAGCCAAAGCCUCAGAAGACACAGUGAGAAUGUCCUGUGUAUCUGAAAGCAGCGUGAGAGAAGUUGUGUGGUACAGGAAUGGAAUGAAACUGACACAGAGCAGCCACUAUGAGUUCCAUAUGUCUGUGGAUGGACAUUGUUCUCUCAUUAUCCAUGACCUCUCUGAGAACGACCAGGGAGAAUACUCCUGUGAGCUCAUUGCAGAAGGAGGAGUCUCUACUAAAUCUUCAUUCUCAUUUGUUGGCCAAGUGUUCCAAUCCAUCUACACUAAAGUCACAGCUUAUGUGCAGCAGCACAUGGCCAUGAAAGUGAAAACUGAACAGGUAUCAAUGAGUCAAAAAGAGGCAUCUAUGGAUUUAGCCUCCCAUACAAGUUCAGAACAGGUUGUUAAGAAAGCCAUCCAUGGAGGAGCUCAGAUGAUGAUGAUGGGGGAGAGUGCUGCUCUUAGCAGCAUGAAGGAAAGCUUCUCUUCCCAAUCAGUCCACAUGGCUUCUUCAUCUUCUAUGCAUCAGGAGACAUCUUUCAGCAGUUCCAGUAUGGCCAGUAUGUCUAGCAUGGCUGCCAUGGCUGCUGAAAUGCAGAUGGAAACCAUGUCUCUAUCUAGCAUGUCUUCCAUGACAUCUUCCCAUGCCAUGAGCUCCAGCAGUAUGACUGAAAUGAUGAGUCACUCCCACCUAGAGGGAUCCUCCAUGAGAUCUAUUGCACAGGGUAUGCUAGGUGCGACAGGGGCACCAAGAAUCGAAGCUCUCCCAGAGGACAUCACCAUUGAACUUGGAAAGGUUCUCACCGUGGCCUGUGCUUUCUCCGGAGAGCCCACCCCUAACAUCGAAUGGUCCCGCGGUGGAAGAACGCUGCCCGGUGAGGAGCAUGGUGGUAGGUUCCACAUCGAGACCUCAGAGGACCUCACUACACUCAUCAUCACCAGUGUGAAAAAAGAGGAUGCUGGAGCAUACACACUCAAACUGUACAACGACUUUGGAUCUGACACUGCAACAGUAACUAUAAGCAUUCGAUCAUAAAAAACAGUUAAUAUAAUUUAUAUCCUCCCCCUUCCCUACUUUAAUGCCUUUUUAUGUAUUAAUUGAACAAAACAUAAUCUUACUUGAUAAAGACCUUGAUUUCUGUUAUUGUAAAUAUGAACUAUUUUUAUACCAAACUUGACAUUAAUUUAUGCCAAACUAGACUAAAGUCUAAAGUUGUUAUAAAAUGUGCCAUAUUGGAUAAUUAUGACUUAGGAUUUUUCAUCCAUUUUUUCUGUGACAUGUACAUAAUGUAUAUAGCCGAAUUUAACGGUUAUGGAAAAUGUAUGAAUUGUUAUUUAUGACAAUAUUAACUGAAACAAAUGAAACUGAAAUGUUUAAAAGGAGAAAGUUUCACAUGAAACGAAUACCCUGUUAAACCUGAAACUAAACUCUGUGCCUCAACAAAAAGUUGAUGUCUUAAGAUUGCCUCAACAGGUAGAGAGGCUCCCUGUUGAAGUUGACUAAAUCAGAGAGAUGAGCUGUUAGACACUGUAUGUUAUUACCUGCAGUGUUAUUAUCAAACUCCUAUGAAUUGUAACAUGAUCAUAAGACCCUGAGUGCUGUUUGCAUAAACCCUCAUGUAAGCAGGACAACUAGGCCUUGUGUUCUGGACUGACUAUGUCAUAACCACCAUUUAAAUGACAUGUUCAACGUGCAAGCGGCCUGCACUUGAGCUGAAAUAUUUUUUUUGCGCUCUGUUUCUGGCAAAUGACUGCUUAAUUGAUUUUCCGAACAACAUCAACCUGGCCAUAAAAAAUUGAAAGUCCAUCCUGCACUUUUUUUGCAGAAGCAGAGCCAUCUCUUGGAGGUUUGCUUGUGUGCCUUAUUUUUGUGUGUUAGCUUUAGAAUUUCACCAGUUCAGUUGUCAGGCAAACAUCAAGCAAGUGUACCACAGUGACACCACCUGCUGUGUUAAGAGAAAACAAAAUGUAUUAGCUGUUCUGCCCUGCACUUUUGUUUGAUUUAAAUUAGAAUUAUAUAAUUAUAUGCAACCUCCCUGAGUUUAGUAUUGAUUUAAUAAAGCAUGAUAUCAGCACUAAAAUGUC